UCGCACACGACCGACGUCUUGCAUGUUCCUCUUGGCUCGGGGAUGCCCGCUGCCUUCGCCUCCUGAUUUCACAUUUGACUUUGCUCGUUUCCGAGUGUUCGACUCCCGACGCUGCCCCACGCGACCAUGGAGCAGCGACAGCAGCAGCAGCUGCAGCAGCAGCAACAGAUCUCGUCCCGCACGGAGCAGCGCUUCAGCCGGCAGGUCACCAGCACGCAGCAAGUGCAAGGAAUGGUGAUGCAGUCUUCGCCACAACUUACGUUCGGUAACAGGCCAGGAGAUGUCUCACCCCCAGUCUUCGAACAGAUUUUCCGAAAUGCCCGCUUUGCACAGGGUGGUAAUGCCCUCUUUGAGGGUAAAGUCCGGGGUAAUCCGAAGCCUGUUGUUUCAUGGACAAGGAAAGGCGCUCCCCUUCUUGAAUCAAACAAAUAUAAAAUGAAAUAUGAUGAACAGACUGGAAAUGUUUCAUUGCUCAUCAAUGCAAUAGGACCAGGAGAUGAAGGGGAGUACACAUGCACUGCACGAAAUCAGUACGGUGAAGCUAUCUGUUCAGUUUACAUACAACCUGAAGGUCAGGGGCAGAUUAUACAGCAGCCUCCAGGUGGCUACCAGAGAGAGUUUACUCAGACAAUUGAAACCUCUGAACAGCGAACAACACAGCAGCGUUUUCAGAAACAGACAACAGGAAAAAUUUCAUAUGCUAAUGGACACAUUGUAGAAGAGGAUUUUAAAGUGGACACAUUUGAGUACCGGCUUCUCCGUGAAGUUGAGUUUCGUGAAUCAAUAACACGGCGCUUUGUUGGAGAAGUUGACAGAGAGAUCAGUACAGUUAUUGAUCGAUCACUGGGACCUGUUGCACCUCCACAAAUAGCACAGAAACCACGAAAUUCCAAACUCCAGGAAGGUACCACAGCGACAUUCCAGGCUAAAGUUCCAGCCAACCCACGUCCAAGGAUUACAUGGUUUAAGAAUGGACAGCGCAUCACUCAUUCCCAGAAGUAUGAAAGUAGUUACUCAAACCAACAAGCUGUUCUUAAGAUUAACUCUCUCCAGUCUGAAGAUUCUGGACAUUAUACUCUCCUGGCGGAGAAUCCUCAAGGAUGUGUUGUAUCAUCUGCUUACUUAGCUGUUGAAUCGUCUGCGACUCAAGAUGGACUUGAUCAGAGGGGAAGAGUUCCUCAUACAGAACCUUCUGAGGGCACAGAGGCAGGGAAGGCUCUCGCACCUAACUUUGUGCGGGUUUGUAAUGAUCGUGAUGUUACUGAGGGUAAAAUGACACGUUUCGAUUGCCGAGUGACUGGCCGACCUUACCCAGAAGUGGCGUGGUUCAUCAAUGGGCAACAAGUCAGUGAUGAUGCAACCCAUAAAGUGUUGGUCAAUGAAUCAGGCAACCAUGCUCUAAUGAUAACAAAUGUGAGCAUUUCAGAUGCUGGAGUAAUUACCUGUGUAGCCCGCAACAAGGCUGGAGAGACUUCCUUCCAGUGCAAUUUAAAUGUAAUAGAGAAAGAACAAGUUGUAGCCCCAAAAUUUGUGGAACGAUUCAGCACAGUACAUGUGAAGGAGGGGGAGCCAGUGGUAUUGAAAGCCCGAGCUGUUGGCACUCCCAUCCCUCGCAUUUCAUGGCAAAAGGAUGGGGUCCCCCUGGCGCCGGGACCUGACGUAAACAUCCACACAGACGGUGGAGCCUCGACACUGGACAUCCCGCGAGCCAAGGCGUCGGAUGCGGCCUGGUACCAGUGCACCGCUCAGAACGUCGCAGGCUCCACCGCCACACGUGCUCGCCUCUUUGUCGAGACACCUAAGGGCGCCACACCUCCUCCCCGUCGUCUUAAUUUACCACGACCGACGAAGGUCAUUGAACCUGAACCAGAGCCAGGGCCUGAGGUAAUCUAUUUACGCCAUGUGGAGCGUGCGAAGCCUCACAUGCCUUUGCCAGAAGAAGAGCGUAUCUACCCACCACCACAAUUUAUUAUUCCACUGAACAAUGCUCAUCAGGUUGAGGGAGGACGUGUACAUUUUGAGGCUCGCAUUGAGCCUGUUGGUGACCCAAGCAUGAAAGUUGAGUGGUUUGUGAAUGGCAGACCUCUGGCUGCAAGUUCUCGUGCUACAGCUACAUUUCAGUUUGGUUUCAUCGCACUUGACCUGAUAAGCAUUCAGCUGGAGGACAGUGGAGAAUAUGUUUGCCGUGUGUCAAGCAAUUCGGGAUCAGUUGAAUCUCAUGGUCUGCUGAGUGUAACAGGCCGAGUUGGCAUCGAACAAUCUAGUCAGCACCCCGACAGCCUGCAAUACAUCCAACAUUUGGAAGACUACUCACGCUAUCAGCGAACAGAGAGUAUAGAAGAAGUCUCGUCUCAACGGCCUAACUUCAUUCGACCACUUCAGGAAUUAGGAGAGCUGCAAGAAGGCCGAAAUGCCCACUUUGAAGGACAGCUCACUCCCGUCAGCGACCCCACUAUGAGGGUGGAGUGGUUCAAGGACGGGAAACCGAUCACAGCAAGUUCUCGCAUUACCACCAUCUUCAACUUCGGUUAUGUCUCCUUAAAUAUAUUGCACCUACGGGCUGAAGAUGCUGGUACAUACACCGUGCGAGCUGUGAACAGAACAGGCGAGGCUAUUAGCUCUUCUACUCUCAAAGUUCAAGCACGUACUAGCGUGACAGCAGAUCUCGGUAUACCAGAGCAGCAGAGAUAUAUUGAGAAAGUUGAAGAACUGGAAGCUUAUCAGCAGUAUCUGCAAUCACAGCGAUAUGUGCAGGAACCUCCAGAGAGCACAGCACCUCCUGAAUUUAAGUCACCGAUUAAAGACCAGCUGAAUAUCAGGGAGGGUGGAUUUGCUCAUUUUGAAGCUCGUCUUGAGCCUAUUGGUGACUCUACUCUACGAGUGGAAUGGCUAAAAGAUGGAAAACCAGUUGAAGCCAGUUCACGAAUCACAAGUUUUUUCAAUUUUGGAUAUGUGGCAUUAACAAUUAAAUCAGUCACAACUCAUGAUAUUGGCACUUACUCAUGUCGUGCAAUAAAUACUCUGGGAGAGGCUGUAACAUCAGCUAAGUUAACAGUUGUUAGUAAGAAAGACAUCAUUAUGGACAGUCAACACCCAGGAGGCCUUGAGAAAAUACAGUAUCUGGAAGACACAAGUCGCUAUGGCCGAAGCCUUCAAGAAGAGACUACUGUCACAAAGAAACCAAUGUUUCUUGGUCCACUGAAGGGUACCAACAAAAUUGUGGAAGGUCAGAGGGCCCACUUUGAAGCCCGAGUGGAGCCUCAACAUGACACAACAUUGCAGAUUGAGUGGUACUUCAAUGGGAAGGUAAUUAUGACUGCUAACAGAAUCCAGACAUAUCAUGAUUUUGGUUAUGUGGCAUUAGACAUUCUUGGUGUCCGUGCUGAAGAUGCUGGUACCUAUACUGUGGUUGCAAGAAAUGCCCUUGGUGAAGCACAGUUAUCAGCCAGUAUGGUUGUCGAGACUCGCUCAAGCAUAGACACCACAAGUAUGCAUCGUGGCACAUAUGAAAAGACACAACGCCUUGAAGACUCAAAGUUUAUUGAACCAUCAUAUCAUAUUGAAGAAAUCUCAAAAUCGAAACCAAUCUUUGUACAGCCUCUGUCAGACCCAAAACCCAUAAGUGAAGGCAAGAAUAUUCAUUUGGAAUGCCGUCUGGAGCCUAUGGGAGAUCCAACAAUGCGUGUUGAAUGGUUCUAUAAUGGACGACCAAUCACAGUUGGAUCACGCUUUAGAACAUACUAUGACUUUGGAUAUGUGGCACUAGACAUCGUGCAGGCCACUUCUAUGGAUUCUGGUGAAUACACUGUGCGAGCAACAAAUCAUCUUGGAUCUGCACACACAUCAGCUUGUGUGAGGGUAAUCAGUCGCUCAGAUAUUGUAACGGAAACACAGAAUGAAUCAGCUCUUGAACAGAUCCAGUAUUUAGAAGAUGCCUCUCGACAUCGAAGAACAGUAACAGAAGAUGUUACAGUGGUUCAAGCUCCGCAAUUUACUCGACCAUUACAUAACAUUGAAACUGUUGAAGGCACAAACAUCCAUCUGGAGUGCCGCCUGCAGCCUGUUGGAGACCCUACAAUGAGAGUUGAAUGGCUUGUCAAUGGGCAGCCUGUCAAGACAGGACAUCGCUUCCGACCAGCGUAUGAUUUUGACUAUGUGGCUCUAGACUUGCUGAGUGUAUAUCCUGUGGAUUCAGGUGUUUACACAUGCGUGGCUCGCAAUCAGCUUGGUGAAGCUGUUACUUCAUGUUCAGUUAAAAUCAUAGCGAAAAAGGAUCUGAUUCUGGAAACUCAACAUCCAUCUGGGCUGGAAAAAAUUCAGUAUUUGGAGGACACAUCACGUUAUCGAAAGACAGAGUACAUGGAUGAAGUAGUGAAUGUGCGCCCACGUUUCAUCACAAAGCCCAAAAAUUUAGAUAACAUGCGUGAGGGUCAGCAUGCGCACUUUGAGUGUAAGCUUGAACCAGUGACUGAUCCAAACCUGAAGGUGGAGUGGUACAAGAAUGGGCGUCCAGUUACUGUAGGUCAUAGGUUUCGGCCCAUUCAUGAUUUUGGGUACGUUGCUCUGGACAUCAUAGACCUUAUUGCUGAGGAUUCUGGUACAUAUACAUGCCGUGCAGUAAAUUUGCUUGGAUCUGAUGAGACCACUUGUGUUCUUAAUUGCAGAAGCACUGCACAGAUCUUGACAGGUACUCAGAAUGAGACAGGACUUGAGCAGAUUCAGUAUCUUGAAGAUAAAUCUCGUUAUCAGCGUUCUGAAUAUAUUGAAGAGACUACAAAGCAAGCACCAAUAUUCACUACAUCUCUGAAGCACAUGGAGAUCAAAGAAGGCCAGAGGGCACACUUUGAAUGCCGCCUUAUACCUGUGUCAGAUCCCACAAUGAAAGUUGAAUGGUUCCACAAUAAUGUCCCAGUGAAGUCAGGUUCUCGAUUUACUGAGACAAAUAACUUUGGUUUUGUUGCAUUGGACAUAAUGUACUGCUAUCCAGAAGAUUCUGGGACAUACACAUGUCGCGCCAAGAAUAUUGUUGGUGAAGCUAUGACAUCUGCCAAUCUGACCUGUAUCUCAAAGAAAUCAAUUUAUAUGGAAACGCAACAUGAGGAAGCAUUAUCAAAACUGACAUAUUUGGAGGAUACGUCUCGUCAUCAGCGACAGACAGUCCAGGAAGAAGCUGUGACCCAGGCACCGAUGUUCACACAGCCAAUGAAGGAUGUCCGUGUAGCUGAAAAUCAGGCUAUGCACUUUGAGGCACGACUUAUACCUGUAGGAGAUCCGAAGUUACGCGUUGAGUGGCUUCGAAAUGGCGUUCCAAUUCAAGCAUCAAAUCGUGUGACAACUAUGCAUGAUUUUGGAUAUGUUGCACUGAACAUGAAGUAUGUUUACCCCGAGGACUCAGGCACCUACACUUGCCGUGCUAUCAAUGAACUUGGACAAGCAGUCACUUCAGCAACACUUGUUGUUCAUUCCAAAGCAUCGUUGCUUCUGGAGAGCCAACAUGAGGCUGCACUGCAGAAACUUCAGCAGCUUGAAGAUACAUCAAGGUAUCAACGGCGUGAAGAGGAGGAGAUUAUUGUAACUCAGCCACCAAAGUUUACAGCUCAACUUAAUGGACCCACAGAGCUAAUUGAAGGUCACAGUGCUCAUUACGAAUGCCGCAUUGAACCGUAUCCAGAUCCCAACAUGCGUGUUGAAUGGUUCCACAAUGGAAAACCACUACAACUAGGUCACCGUUUCCGGACUACUUAUGACUUUGGAUUUGCUGCACUUGAUAUACUUACUGUUUAUCCAGAAGAUUCCGGAGAAUACACUUGCAAAGCAACAAAUAAAUUGGGGCAGGCUUCAUCAUCCAUAAAAGUUAAUGUCAAAUCCCGUUCAUCAAUCAUUUUGGACACCCAACAUGAAGGCGCAUUGCAAAAGAUUCAGUAUCUGGAGGAUGAUUCCCGCUACAAACGUGCAGCUGUUGAAGAACAGGUGAUAGCUGAAAAACCACAAUUUGGACGGCCAUUACGAAAUAUUGAUCGAUUGCCUGAAGGACAGAGUGCUCACUUGGAGGCCACACUUACACCAGUUAAUGACCCUACAAUGCGUGUUGAGUGGUUCUGCAAUGGCAGACCCAUUCCUCAAGGUCAUCGUUUCAAGACAACUUAUGAUUUUGGAUAUGUGGCACUUGAUAUCCUGUAUGCAUAUGCUGAAGAUUCAGGCACAUAUAUGUGUAAGGCACGUAAUGCAGUUGGAGAGGCUGUUACUACAUGCUCUGUUACUGUUGAAGCUAAAUCUGGCCUCUACUUGGAUACUCUUGAUGAAAACCGCUUGAAGAAAAUAAAAGACCUGGAAACAUUUGAGAGGCCUCAAAAACCAGAAGUUGAACCUGAAAUGCAAAAGCCUGUGUUCAUUACUCCACUUGUCAGCUUAGAAAAUCUGAAGGAAGGUGAACAUGCUCAUUUGGAAUGUCGUGUGGAACCUAUAAAUGAUCCUAAUCUCAAGAUUGAAUGGUUUGUGAAUGGAAUUGCCAUAAAAACAGGUCACAGGUUCCGUACUACACAUGACUUUGGUUAUGUUGCUCUUGAUAUUCUGUACACAUAUGCAGAGGACUCUGGAACUUAUAUGUGUAAAGCAACAAAUUUGGUGGGAGAAGCUGUGAAUACUUGCCAGAUAACAGUUGGAGCUCGCCGUAGUAUCUAUUUAGAAUCUCAGCAUCCUGAAGGCUUACAGAAAAUCCAAGAACUUGAAGCACAAGGUCGGCCUGCUCGACUUGAAGUGGAGGAACCUGAAGUCACCCCGCCACGUUUUGUAACAGAACUUCGGGGCACAACAGAAAUAUUUGAAGGGCAGACAGCACACUUUGAAGCCCAAGUGGAACCUCUGCAUGAUCCAAAUCUACGUAUAGAGUUUUAUCACAAUGGUAAACCUCUUCCUUCAGCAUCACGCUUCCAUAUCACUUUUGAUUUUGGUUAUUUGGCACUUGACAUAACCCAUGCUGUUCCUGAAGAUGCUGGAGAAUAUACUGCCAAGGCCAUCAAUGCCCUUGGACAGUGCACUUCUACAAUUACUUUACGUGUGACAGCUAAAAGCAACAUUGUGCUCGAGUCCCAGCGACCAGAAGGAUUAGAUAAAAUUCGAGCCUUGGAGCAGCAUGUCCCAUACCAGAGGCCAGAGGUUCCAGAGCCAACUAGACAAAGGCCUGUGUUUACACAGCCAUUACAGAAUAUUGACUCUAUAGCGGAAGGGCAGACGGCUCACUUUGAAUGCAGACUGAUACCUGUGGGUGAUCCCACACUCAAAGUGGAGUGGUUCCGUAAUGAGAAACCCCUUGAAACAAGCUCAAGAAUUACGAAGACACAUGACUUUGGCUAUGUGGCAUUGGAUAUGACACAUGUUAGGGCUGAAGAUGAUGGUGUGUAUAUGUGCAGGGCUUCAAAUGCUCUUGGUGAAGCUGUGACAACAGCAUCUAUGAAAAUAAAAACAAAGGCGGACAUACAACUGGAAACUCAACAUCCUCAGGGCAUGAAACGAAUUCAGCAAUUAGAAGAAGGGAAAGCACCAGCACGGCCAGAACAACCAGAACGUGAAUUUGACAAACCCAUCUUCACACAAGUGCUCACAGGUCCAUCUGAACUGUGGGAGGGACAGCAUGCACAUUUUGAGUGUCGUGUUGUACCAGUAGGUGAUCCAAAUAUGCGAUUUGAGUGGUACAUUAAUGGGACAGAGCUGAAAUUAGGAUCUCGCUUCCAUGUCACACACGACUUUGGUUAUGUGAACUUGGAUAUUAACUCUGUCAUUAGUGAAGAUUCUGGAGUCUAUAUGUGUAAAGCCAUAAAUAAAGCUGGGGAAGCAGUGUCUUCAAUAUCACUGAAAGUAAAAACACGUUCAUCAAUUAUUGGAGAUACUCUUCAACCUGAUGCAUGGCAAAAGAUUCAGCUGAAAGAGGCAGAAAUGAAUAAAGUUCCUCCACAAUUUGUAGAUACAACACCUCAACAAGCACCUGUUUUCACAACUCAUUUGACCAGCCAUGAUAAACUCGUAGAAGGUCAAAAUAUUUUAUUGGAGGCACAAGUGGAGCCACGCACAGAUCCAAACCUUCGAGUUGAAUGGUUCAAGAAUGGAAAACCACUUGCUACUGGCACUAGACUUAGGACUACGUUUGACUUUGGCCAUGUCAGUUUGUCUGUCACUGGAUUACGAGCUGAUGAUUCAGCCAUUUACACCUGCAAAGCCACAAACUUACUGGGAGAGGCUGUAUCAACUUGUACUCUCAAAGUUGAAGAUCGACACUGGCUAUUAGCUGGAUCACUUCGUCCUGAGGCCUUACCAAAGAUUGAAGCUCUUGAAGAACCAAAGGCUGGUCGUCCUGAAGCUCCUGAGCCUACCUAUGAAUCACCAGUGUUUAUUACCCACUUGAAUAACGUUGUCUGUACUGAAGGCGAGAGUGUUCACUUUGAAUGCCACGUGGAACCUUCAAAAGAUCCAACACUCAAUAUCGAAUGGUUCAUAAAUGGCAAGCCAUUGCCCACUGGUGCUCGCUACAAAUCCACUUAUGAUUUUGGCUAUGUGGCUCUGGAUAUAAUUCAUGCUUAUGCAGAGGAUUCUGGUGUGUACAGCUGUAAAGCCACAAAUAGCAAGGGACAGGCUGCAACAUCAGGAACUCUGAAAUGCACAAGCAAGCAAGACAUCUUCUUGCAGACACAACAUCCACAGGGUGAAGCAGGCCUUGAGGCUGUGCGUGAGGCAGAAGGAGCAUACUUAUCAAAAUAUCAGAGGCAGCCUCUAGCUCCUGAAAAAGAUUAUCCAAAGCCAGUAUUUGUGGUGCCACUUCAAGAACAAGUAACACUGAAUGAAAAUGAAGCUUUGCAUGUUGAGUGUCAAGUUGAGCCCAAGGAAGAUCCAAAUCUCAAAGUUGAAUGGUUCUUCAAAGGAAAGCCUCUUGAACAUGCAACACGUUUCAAGACAACAUGUGACUUCGGCUUUGUCACACUUGAUUUGACUGAUGUUUAUGAAAGGGAUCAAGGAAUAUACACUUGUAAAGCAACCAAUUUAAAAGGAGAAGCAUUUACCUCCACAACAAUAUACUGCAAAGGGAAGGAGAGUCUAAUUGAACGUACACAGCACCCAAAAGGAGCUGAAGGUCUGGAAAAAAUCCAGGAUUUGGAAGAAUCACUGAGGAGGCAAGAAGGAGCUCCUCCAGAACCCGAGGAAGGCCAUCCGCCUGUCUUCACCUCACAGUUUCAGGAUCUCAAGAACCUUAGUGAGGGAGAGAUUGCACACUUUGAGGCUUCCCUUACCCCAGUUGGUGACCAGACUAUGACAGUAGAAUGGUUCUAUAAUGGAGAGGUAAUCAAAGCAAGUCACCGCAUUAGAACUGUACAUGCAUUUGGGAUGGUUGUCCUAGAGAUAUUAGGAACUAAAAUUGAAGAUUCCGGCACUUAUACUUGUAGAGCAACAAACAAAUGGGGCCGUGCCGAAAUCAGUGUUGAACUGGAGUGUGUUGACAAGUCAAAGGGUCAGAAACCACACUUUACAACACACAUUCAGAGUCUUGAGAAUCUGAAAGAAGGUGAAUCUGCUCAUUUUGAAUGCACACUAACACCUGUGGGAGAUCCUAACUUGAAAGUGGAAUGGUUUCACAAUGGCGAGCCACUGCGACACUCCUCCAGAAUCAAAUCAGUAUCUGAUUUUGGCUUUGUUGUGAUGGAUAUCUCAUAUGUCCAGAGCCACGAUACAGGGGAGUAUGUGUGCAGAGCGAGCAACAAGUAUGGGGAAGACUUUACAAGAGCAACCAUAAAAUGUUCUGGACGUGGUGGUGUGUAUUUGGACAGUCUGCAGCCUGAUGCACUUGCUCGCAUUCGUGAAAUGGAGCUCUCCCAGGGUGGGCAACCUCAGGCUCCAACCACUCCUGUUCUUGAACCACCUGUUUUUACCACACAUAUAUCAGAUGUCACAAACCUGGUUGAAGGGCAAAGUGCACACUUUGAGGCUCGUCUUACACCAGUCAAUGAUCCAAACCUCACAGUUGAGUGGUUUUACAACGGUAAAAAGCUCCCACAUGGCCAUCGUUACAGAACAUUCCAUGACUUUGGUAUUGUUAUUUUGGACAUCUUAUAUUGUUAUGAAGAGAACUCCGGAGUUUAUGAAUGCCGUGCAGUCAACAAAGUAGGCCAGGAUGUCACAAAAGCAACACUAAAAUGUGUAUCAAAGGCCAAUCUCAUCUUGGAUUCACAGUUGCCUCGAGGGAUGGAAGGUGGAUUGGAAAAAAUACAGAAUUUAGAAGAUUCACACUUAAAGAUGAGAGAUGAAAAAACUACAGAAACAAAAGGCCAAGCCCCUGUCUUUACAGUCCCUCUGUCAAAUGUUGACAACCUUCGAGAGGGAGAGAGUGCACAUUUUGAAGCCAGACUUAUUCCUACAGAUGACCCAAAACUCAAGGUUGAAUGGUUCUGGAAUGGAAAACCGCUAAGGACAGGGUCCAGGUUCCGUACAUUCUGUGACUUUGGAUUUGUGAUAUUGGAAAUUUCUCCAGUGUACCCAGAAGACUCUGGUGAAUACUCAUGUCGUGCCUUCAAUGACUAUGGGGAAGCUGUAACAACAGCAAGUAUGAAAGUGCAAGGAAAGAGGAGUAUCAUAUUAGAAUCUCAGUUGCCAAAAAGUAUGGAGCAUACUAUUGAGAAGAUUGCAGAACUGGAAGGUCUUGGAAGUGCUCCAGCUCCAGCCGCACCUGAGGAAGAUUCUGGAAAACCUCCAGAGUUCAUCACUACUCCAAGUGACCUGACACUAACUGAAAAUUCUUUGGCACACUUUGAAUGCCGUCUGAUUCCUAUCAAUGACCCCAGUAUGAGAGUAGAAUGGUUCCAUAAUGGAAAGCCUCUUUGGGCAGGGUCACGAAUCAAGACCAUAAAUGACUUUGGCUUUGUCAUACUUGAAGUUGCUGGUGUAUAUCAGAGAGAUUCUGGUCUUUAUACUUGUAAGGCCACAAACAAACACGGUGAGGCAACUGUAUCAUGUCAGCUGCAAGUCCGCAGUCGUCAGGGAAUCAUUCUUGAGCCACAAUUACCAACAAAUUUUAAAACGGGCACUGAAAGUAUCCAGAAGCUGGAGGAGGCGUUAUACAAGAAAGAUGAAAUAGUGACAGAAGAAGAGAAACCAAAUCCUCCCAGGUUCACUGUUGAAUUGAAGGAUGUACUCGACGUGCAAGAAGGAGCACCGAUCCAUUUCGAGUGCCGUGUAGAACCGGUCGGCGAUCCUACGAUGCGUAUCGACUGGUUCCAUAAUGGUCGACCAUUUGCCACGGGCUCUAGAGUCCAUAUGCUUAAUGAUUUUGGCUUUAUUGUUCUUGACAUGGAUUACACAUAUGCCAGAGACUCUGGUGAAUACGUGUGCUGUGCCACCAACAAGUGGGGGUCAGCAACAACGAAAGCUACACUCACUUGUAAAGCAAAACGAGACGUUGUGUUGGAAUCACAGUUGCCACAAGGAAUAAGUGGUGAAAAGUUGAAGGAACUGGAGAGAGGACCACUGACAGAGGCUCUCCCUGAAGAGGCGCCAGCAUCACCUCCGAAGUUCAUAACUCAGAUCACAUCAGUGGGCAUUGGUGAAGGUGAACCUGUCCACUUUGAGUGUCGUGUGGAGCCCCGAACAGAUCCAAAGUUACGAGUGGAAUGGUAUCGUAAUGGGAAACCGUUGCCAUCUGGACACCGCUUCCGUACAGUCUAUGAUAUGGGCUUCGUAUCCCUCGAUAUAUUGUACACCUAUCCUGAGGACUCGGGUGAAUAUGUGUGUCGUGCUGUCAAUGACCUUGGAGAAGAUACAACAAAGGCAACAGUGUCUUGCAAAAAGCUGCCAACAAUCAUUCUACAGAACCAGGUUCCUAAGGGAAUGAAAAAGUCUGAAGCCCUUAUGCAGAUGGAAGCCACCAUAAAGAAAUACACAUCAGAAAUUCAUUUGACAGAGGAUGAUCUUUAUGAUCCUGAUAAAAAGCAACCACCAAGAUUUGUGACCCAGAUACAAGAUCAGACAACACUAGUUGAAAUGCAAACUACAAAGUUUGAGUGCCAGCUGGCACCUGUUGGAGACCCAAACAUGAAAGUUGAGUGGUUUCUGAAUGGAAAACCACUUCCUCACAAAAACCGUUUCACACCAAUCUAUGAUUUUGGCUAUGUAGCCAUGAAUUUUGGGUGGGUGUAUCCUGAGGAUAGUGGCGAAUACUUGUGCAGAGCAACCAAUCUGUACGGUAUGGACGAGACUCGUGCUGUAAUCAGAACUGCUGGGAAACCUGGCAUUAUCUAUGAAUCUCAGUUACCAAAGGGAAUGAAGAGCAUUGAACGUAUACGUGAAAUGGAGGCAGCUUGGCAAAUAGCACCUGAAGAACCAGAAGAAGAAACAAAACCUCGUUCUGCACCAGUUUUUGUUACAAAACCUGAACCAUACACUACUGUUGAAGGAGAACCUGCAAGAUUCUGUUGCCGAGUUACUGGACAUCCCCGUCCAAGGCUUAUGUGGGUUGUUAAUGGGCAAACUGUCGUUAAUGGUACUCGCUACCGACUGACGUAUGAUGGUAUGUGGCACUUGGAUAUUCCCAAGACACGACAAUAUGACCAUGGCAAGAUUGAGAUUAUUGCUCGCAACUCAGUGGGAGAAGCAAUAGCUACUACGGAACUUACUGUGAAAGCACGUAUGGAUGAUUACCGUGGAGUACUAAAGAACUCACCACGACCAUGGUAUGACUAUGAUCUCACUCAGUAUCAGAAAGAGCGCAUUGAACUGGAAAGGGCUCAGCUCCAACAUGUGGACAUCAGUGAACAUCAGAAGAAAGUUUCUACUGAGACUGAAACUGAAUGGCAGCAAACAGUAAAGAAGAAGAAGGGUGAAGAUUAUUAUUCCAAACUGAAAGAGCUUGAAGAAGAGCAAGUAAUCAAGGAAACUCGUUUGCGGGAAGCAUCACAUCAAUUUGCUAUACCUGGAGAAAAAGUUGUGGCCAAAACAGUAGCCAAGGGAAUGGCUCAGAGCUAUGAGCAAAAACUAGAUGAAAAAGAAGAAGAAAAACCAGCCUGGGUAACGUCUCGACGACCAACUAAACAUACAUCAGAAACAGUUGUUGAUUCCAAAACAAUUCCGAGUUUGCCACCUGAGCCAUCAGAGUCAGCUAUUCAUGCACGAGAAGUGCAUGUAGCCAAACAAAAACAAACACAGAAAGAGGUCAAGGGAGAUGUGGAAAUUACACGGAAGAUUACAGCCACAGAAACAACUGAAGUUGAGCAUAAGGCAAAAACACAAGAACGAGUUGUCCAAGGGCCUGUUAAACCUGCUAAGCCUCCAUUUUUCACCAAGAAGAUACAGCCUGUCAGAGUAUUUGAGCAAGAGCAGGCUAGAUUUGAAGUUGAAUUUGAUGGUGAUCCACUUCCAACAAUAAAAUGGUUCAGGGAGGAUUUCCCAAUCCAGAGCUCGGCCGAUCUUCAAAUACACACAUUUGGAACAAAGUCAGUUCUCAUCUUGAGACAAGUGUUUAUGGAAGAUUCUGGUGUGUUCAGGGUUGUAGCUGAAAAUCGUGGAGGAGUUGCUAAGUGCAGUGCAAAUCUAGUAGUUGAGGAAAAGCGACGCCAAGGACGAGGUGGUGUUGUGCCUCCAAGUUUCCUUACUACUAUUGAAAGCAGUGUUGUAAAUUCUGGAACACUUGUGCGAUUUGAUGCUCGUAUAGCGGGCACACGACCUAUUGAUGUCUAUUGGUUAAAGAAUGGCAAACGCAUACCAUCAUCAGAUAUUCGAUACAAGACAUUGGAAGAAGAUAGUGUGAAUACCCUGUUGAUUAUUGAGGCUAUACCAGAGGAUUCUGGAACUUAUGAAUGUGUGGCAAUCAACAGUGCUGGUGAAGCACGUUGUGAGGCUGAAUGUCAGGUUCGGUCACCCACACAACAGAAACAACAGCAGCAACAGCAACAACAACAACAACAACAACCAGCAGGAAAUGUAGCACCAGCAAUUAUUGAACCACUAAAGGGACAGGUCGUGAAAGAGGGACAGCCUGUUACAUUUCAGUGCCGAAUUUCUGGCAAACCAGCUCCACAGAUAAAGUGGCAAAAGGCUGACACUGUCAUUAAGCCAUCAAAAUACUUCCAGAUGCAUAAAGAUAAUGACAUAUACACUCUGAAGAUAUCAGAAGCUUUCCCUGAAGAUGAGGGUACCUAUAAAUGUAUUGCUUCUAACCCUGUUGGAUCUGUAACUCUCUCCGCACAGCUGAAAGUUCAAGCUCCUGACUCACAAGAAGUCAUGCCUACCAUUACACCACUGCGAGAUGUCACUGUACCAGAGGGAAGCUCAGCACAGUUCAGGACAAAAGUAACAGGAAAACCAGUGCCAACUAUACAGUGGUUCCGUGAAGGAGUUCUCAUACCACAGUCGGCAGAUUUUCAAAUGAUACAGGAUGGCGACAACAGAGUGCUGCUCAUCACUACAACAUACGAGGAGGAUUCAGGAACUUUUACAUGCAGGGCAACUAACUCUGCUGGGCAGGUUGAGUCAUCUGCUAAGCUGAUCGUCAAAAGUAAGAAUGUGUUUAAUGUUACUGAACCAGUCAUGAAACUUCAUAUGUAUAUCCUUGUUUGUCAUGAUUUGUUGUGUACUGAAAUGUAUUUCAAGCUUACAUGUAAUUAUAAUUCUGUAUAUGUUCCAAGUGUAAUGCUACAAAAAUUGUUGUGUUCACAGCUGCAAACUGACUUAGAUCAUAUUACUUCUUCCAGACCUGAAUGUGCCCAACAUACAUAUACAUCUAGAAAACAAGCUCUUGGAAAGUACUUGAAAUUUUUGAAGGCAGUGCAUCUUUCAAGCAUUACAUGCUCAAGACUGGAACAAUUCUCCAAUGUUUCCAAGACUGAAAUUUUACUUUUAAAAAGUGGGGAGUUCUAUCUAAUAGGAUAUUUUGAAGAAGCAGCUAAUGAUAUACAUAUGUCAGGAAUUUUAUGUUUUUAUGUGCUUAACAAUACUGCAACCUUUUGUAAAGAUAUGUUCCAUGUUUUUGAGAAGAAUGAACACUGCCAAGCAGGCAUUUAUUAUCUGUACCUUUUUAUACUCCAGGAUAUGCUACAAAUUUAUUUUAAAGCUAAUUGGGAAGGACACAUGAUGAGCAAAUUCUGCCCAUUGCUCUGCAGUGAUAGGGAGCUAAUGUUAUUUUUGCAGUUGAGACGUUUCUUGGAUGCGAAAAGAUGCUCAAAGAUUUUAAUGUUGUUUUUAUCCUACUUUAGGCAUCUCUUCUUUCUGCCAUUGCUUCUAUUUCAUCAUUUGUCUGUCAAACAAAGGUCCUUGCAUUUUAAUAGCAUGGUUAAUUUGGUUACAGUUCUUCUUUUUCCUUUUUCCUCUGGUUUUUUCUGUGUCUCUUUCUUUCUGGUGCUGCCUUGUCAGGCAGCAAGACUUCAUCAUCACUUUGAUGAAACGUGUGAAGCAGUUCCAUAUAAGCAAAGUGUUGCAAUUAAUUUCAUGAAUUGUGUUUUUAAGAAAUCUGAUUUUACCCACUGUAUUCAUACAUCCACAUUCCAUGUUAGUGGAAAGAAAACACUGUUCAGUCCACACUGUUUUACCUCCUCAUACUGUAUGACCUUGAUAGAAGAGAAACUUGAAAGCUCACAUUAUCAAGGAACAUUUUGCUGUGGUGUGUUAGUACGUGACUGCCUUCAAAGUAAAGCCCAAGUGAUUCCAAAAAUGUCUGCACCCAUUUUUCCCACUUGCAAAAACAUAUCUGAAUGCCAUUUUCUUGAGGCUCCACAAGAACUUUACCAUUUUCUCCUUCUGAUUCAUGAUUUCAAUCUGUAUUUUGACUGCUUCUUUUACGAAGAAUACAUAAGUUACACCAGAUAUAGUCAGCCUCAUUCUUCUGAAGUGAAAACACAUGAUCUACAACCACUUAACAAAAAGAUUGAAGAUAGUUUGGAACUUGUAAACACCCAUUUAUUUUUUUGUUUGCAAUUUAUUUUCCUGCUAAAUAUAUUUUGCUCAACUACUUUUUUCUUUAUUACAAAUAAAGCUGUCAACUCUAUGAAUCAAAUGUUACCUAAUGUUUCCCAGUCAUUCAAUCCAUUGAUAAAAGGUUUCCCAGCUCACCUCAUAAACCCAGAAAGUGCAAAUAGUUGUCUAAGAUUGAAAGCAGUACAGUUGAGAGGGAAAGUGUAUCCUACAACUGUAAAUUCACCCUGCAAGCUGAUGCAGAUGGAUGUAUCAUCAGUAGUGUAUUUGGAUGGACACAAAUUACAGUUGUUCCAGAGAAUAACAGAAGUAAGGAACGUUAAGACUACACAGCUUGGUGAAAAUGAUUUUAGUGGCAUGUGGCUGUGCAGAAUGAGUUUAGUUACUUGGAAGAAAUAUAAAUUUAAUACUGAGUUCAUGGAUUUAGAGGAAAAAAAUAUGCUGAUGGAUUAUCUUCCAAAACUAAUUUUUAAUUUACUUCUGCCAAUGUCAUUUUCAUUCACCAAAGUAUCAAAGUUAACUAGCUGUGGGACAUUUUUAUUUCAUUUUGUUUUAUCAAAAUAUUCAUUGUGCCACUACUUUACCUAUAAUAUUCAAGCAGCCCUUGUACAAUCAGUUUUAACCAAGACUAAUGAAAUAGCCCCAUCAGAACACAAUACAAGGCUCUCAGUUACAAUCUUCUGUUCCUCUUCAUUCAAAACUCGAGGAAGGAAGAGUUAUAUAACUCCAUCUUCAGACAUCCAUAUGACAAUCCCAUUAAUUGACUGUGGACGACUGUUAAUGCCAGACAGGCAUACAAAUCUAGACAUCGUUAUUCCUUUUUGUAUUGUUGCUUUGACUUACGUAUUUCAUAGCACUGAGUUUGUCAGACAAGUGUAUUUGUUAUAUUUGGCUCUAAAAAAUCUCUUUAUGUUUGGUGAACCAUUAGCAUUAAUAACACUCCUACAUUCAGUUGUUUUCCUAUGGUCUGUAAUAUCACCCUUUCCUUUAUGUGUAAUGGAAAAUUCUCCAGUGCGAGAGCUGAUUGUAAUGUGUCAAACAUAUGUGCGUAUAUGGAAUAUUAUGAAGGACUGGCUACUUUCCUUUGAAUCUGAUAAAUUUUUGGCAUCUUUUGCUGUUUUCAAUAGAUUCACUGUGUAUGUUCUCAAAAUGGCUGCGUUAUGGGUUUCAACUCAUGGACUUCUACCACAAAUUAUCAUAAAUAUGUCAGAAUUUUAUUCACAUACUUGCAAUAAUACUUCACUAAAAAAGGACAUUCUCAGGUAUAGUAUUGAUAUUCUGUCAGCAAACAAGCAACAUGCAUGUUUAACCUCCAUUGGUGUCACAACAUACAAUAUUUUCAUAUUUUGUUGGAAGAACAUGAAGCUGCCAACUCUUUUCACAAUGAACAGAGAUUUAAUGACAUCAAAGGAACUCAUGAGCAUUAAGAGCUCAGCUGCCACAAGUGGAGGAAGCAGUCUUUUCACAGAAGGAAGCAUAUAUGUCAAAGCAGAGGUUGGAUGUAAGGCAGUCUUACAAAAGAAUGAAAGACCAAGAAGAAGCUAUGUGUUUGAGGUGUACAGCGAUUUUUAUGAAUGUGCAAAGAGCAACACAGUAAAUGUAGAACAACUAGUUAGGAACCCAAAACUGCAUAAUUACAUUGAAAAUACAAAUCUGAUACCUUCAGGAAUCUUUGAGACAAGUUGCAAAGAUGCAUAUUUAAUGAAUACAAUGUAUGUACUCAUAUUACACCAAAAACAGACAACAUGUGGCGUGUCGGUGCAUUAUGGCUUUGCAGGACGGAGAGAUGUUUCAACAGUCCAUCCAGGCUCAGGAGCACCAAAAAUACCACAUCCUGGAUAUUCUUCUAGUCAUCAUGGUUCAAUCCCGAAAACUGGUGGGAUGUCAGGAGAUGGUCAAGAAGCAGAUGCUGACGGUAGUGGUGCUGGACAUGAUUAUAUACAGGAGGAUUCAUACGAUGCAGUCCAGUUACCAGUUGGCGAUGAGACGCUGCCAUGGAGGAAACCCAGGCGUAAGCAGCUUUUUCCCGUGCACCCAUCACAAACCACAGUUCCCUGGACACAGGAGAAAAUACAGCUAAAAAGAACUGCUCAGCACCGGAGGAGUAUUGAUAAAGAGCAUCUUGAGGAAGUACAGUUGAAAACUGUCAGUGGGGGGGUACAGCUUAAAAAGAAAGUUCGGCAGGAUAUAGAUAUUAGAAGUGAAAGACCUGAAGAACAAUAUAGCAGGACUGACACUGAUGAUUCGCUGUACAGUGUUAUGGACAAGACAACGGGAAUAGAGCAGAUAGCCACAGAAGAAGAUUCAACAAUUUUACAUUUGGACCAAAGGAAAGAAACACUUGAAGAAAGACAAAAGACACCACAUUUGCCAAAGAAAGAGGAUCAAAGAAGGAAGCACAUAAAAAAAGAUAGCAGAAUAACAGUGACAGAAGAAGAUGAUGUGACACUAUUAGGAGUGCAACAAGAGAGAGAAAGGACAGAAAGAUUCUUUCGAAAAGGAAAACCUUCAGACAAGACAUUGCCAGCAGACAUGUUGGAUAAUAAUGUUACAAAAAGGAGUCCACUAGUGACAGACUUGACAAAAGAUGAUAAAAAUGCAGAAAAAUCAACAGUACCAUGGAGAACCAAGAAACCAGAAAGCUUGAAAGGAUAUACACAUGAUGUGCACCAGAAAGUUGACAUUGUUCCUGAAGAGGCAUCACUUGAACCAAAGCCCGAGGCACCAGUACAAGAGCAGGUAUCACAUUUACCAUGGGUACGAGGUAAGAAACCUAAGCAACCCGUCCAGGAGAAAGAGGAAAUUACUUUGAAACCAGUGAAGAAGGAUAUUCCAGAAAAGGCAAUAGAAAGAGAAAUAGUACAGUUGAAGCCUAUAGAGAAACAGAAACCAACAGUGGAAGAAAAAGAGAAAAUAGUGCUGAAACCAGUGAAGAAAGACACAAAGGAAGUAACCAAAGAACAGGAAUCACUAUCAAAGGAAAUACAUAAAGAAGAUAUAAGUGCAGAAAAAACAAGAGAGAUCAAGAGUAUAAAGAAACCAGAGACUUUGAAAGAGACUGCACAUGAUUUAGAAGAGAAAGCAAACAUUGCUCCAGAAGGAGUAUCUCUUGAGGAAAAGCCUGAGGCACCAGAGCAGGACCAUGUAUCACAUUUACCAUGGGUACGAGGAAAGAAACCUAAACAACCUGAUCAGGAGAAAGAGAAGAUAAUGUUGAAACCAGUGAAAAAGGAUAUUCCAGAGAAGAGAGACGAAAAGGAAGUAGUACAGUUGAAGCCUGUACAGAGACAUAAACCAACAGCAGAAGUAGAAGACAAAAUAAUGUUGAAACCUGUGAAGAAGGACACAAAGGAAGUAUUCAAAGAAGAGGAAUCUCUUCCAAGCAAAGUGCCUAAAGGAGACACAACUGUAGAAAAACCAAAAGAGGUCAAAAGUAUAAAGAAACCAGAAAGUCUGAAAGAGGCUCCAUGUGAUGUGGAAGAGAAAGCAGACAUAGUUCCAGAAGGAGUGUCUGUUGAGGAAAAGCCUGAGGUACCAGAGGAAGAUCAGGUAUCGCGCUUACCGUGGGUACGAGGAAAGAAGCCUAAACAACCUGUUCAGGAGAAAGAGGAAAUUACUUUGAAACCAGUGAAGAAGGGUAUUCCAGAGAAGAUAGAAGAAAAGGAGACAGUACAGUUGAAGCCUGUACAGAGACAUAAACCAACAGCAGCAGAAGAGGAUGAAAUAAUGCUGAAACCUGUGAAGAAGGACACAAAGGAAAUAAGCAAAGAAGAGGAAUCUCUUCCAAGGGAAGUGCCUAAGGGAGAGACAACUGAAGAAAAACCAAAAGAGAUCAAAAGCAUAAAGAAACCAGAGAGUCUGAAAGUGGUUCCACGUGAUGUGGAAGAGAAAGCAGACAUAGUUCCAGAAGGAGUCUCUGUUGAGGAAAAGCCUGAGGUACCAGAGGAAGAUCAGGUAUCGCGCUUACCGUGGGCACGAGGAAAGAAGCCUAAACAACCUGUUCAGGAGAAAGAGGAAAUUACUUUGAAACCAGUGAAGAAAGGUAUUCCAGAGAAGACAGAAGAAAGAGAAAUUGUACAGUUGAAGCCUGUAGAGAAACAGAAACCAAUGGCAGAAGAAAAAGACAAAAUAAUGCUGAAACCUGUGAAAAAGGAUGAAAAAGAAAUAACAAAAGGAGAGGAAACUCUUCCAAGGGAAGUGCCUAAAGAAGACAUAAUUCCAGAAAAACCAAAAGAGAUCGAAAUUGUAAAGAAGCCAAAGAGUAUGACAGAGGUACCACGUGAUAUGGAAGAGGAAGCAGACAUUGCUCCAGAAGGAGUGUCAAUUCCAGAAAAGCCUGAAGCACCAGAGCAAGAGGAGGUAUCGCGUGUACCAUGGGUACGAGGAAAGAAACCUAAACAACCUGUUCAGCAGAAAGAAGAGAUCACUUUGAAACCAGUGAAGAAGGAUAUUCCAGAGAAGAUAGAAGAAAAGGAAAUAGUACAGUUGAAGCCUGUACAGAGACAUAAACCAACAGCAGAAGAAGAAGAUAAAAUAGUGCUGAAACCUGUGAAGAAGGAGACACAGGAAGUAAUUAGAAAAGAGGAGUCUACCGCAAUGGAGGUGACUGAAGAAGAUACAACUGUAGAAAAAUCAAAAGAGAUAAAGAGAGUCAAAAAACCAAAGAGCUUGAAAGAGGCACCACAGGAUGCGGAAGAGAAACCAGAGAUGGUUCCAGAAAGACUACCUGCUAAGGAAAAGCCUGAGGCACCAGAACAAGAUCAGGUAUCGCAUUUACCAUGGGUACGAGGAAAGAAACCUAAACAACCUGAACAGGAGAAAGAAGAGAUUACUUUGAAGCCAGUGAAGAAGGAUAUUCCAGAGAAGAUAGAAGAAAAGGAAAUAGUACAGUUGAAGCCUGUACAGAGACAUAAACCAACAGCAGAAGAAGAGGAUAAAAUAGUGCUGAAACAUGUGAAGAAGGAGACACAGGAAGUAAUUAGAAAAGAGGAGUCUCUUGCAAUGGAGGUGACUGAAGAAGAUACAAUUGUAGAAAAAUCAAAAGAGAUAAAGAAAGUCAAGAAACCCGAGAGCUUGAAAGAGAUGCCACAUGAUGUGGAAGAGAAACCAGAGAUGGUUCCAGAAAGAUUAUCUGUUGAGGAAAAACCUGAGGCACCAGAGCAAGAUGAGGUAUCACAUUUACCAUGGGUGCGAGGAAAGAAACCUAAACAACCUGUUCAGGAGAAAGAAGAAAUUACUUUGAAGCCAGUGAAGAAGGAUAUUCCAGAGAAGAUAGAAGAAAAGGAGACAGUACAGUUGAAGCCUGUACAGAGAUAUAAACCAACAGCAACAGAAGAGGAUGAGAUAAUGCUGAAACCUGUGAAGAAGGACACAAAGGUAAUAAGCAAAGAAGAGGAAUCUCUUCCAAGGGAAGUGCCUAAAGAAGACACAACUGUAGAAAAACCAAAACAGGUCAAAAGUAUAAAGAAACCAGAGAGUCAGAAAGACGUUCCACGUGGUGUGGAAGAGAAAGUAGACAUAGUUCCAGAAGGAGUGUCUGUUGAGGAAAAGCCUGAGGUACCAGUGGAAGAUCAGGUAUCGCGCUUACCGUGGGCACGAGGAAAGAAACCUAAACAACCUGUUCAGGAGAAAGAGAAAAUUACUUUGAAACCAGUCAAGAAAGAUAUUCCAGAGAAGAUAGAAGAAAGAGAAAUUGUACAAUUGAAGCCUGUAGAGAAACAGAAACCAAUGUCAGAAGAAAAAGACAAAAUAGGGCUAAAACCUGUGAAGAAGGAUGAAAAGGAAAUAACAAAAGAAGAGGAAUCUCUUCCAAGGGAAGUGCCUAAAGAACACAUAAUUCCAGAAAAACCAAAAGAGAUUGAAAUUGUAAAGAAGCCAAAGAGUAUGACAGAGGUACCACGUGAUGUGGAAGAGGAAGCAGACAUUGCCCCAGAAGGAGUGUCAGUUCCGGAAAAGCCUGAAGCACCAGAACAAGUAGAGGUAUCGCGUGUACCAUGGGUACGAGGAAAGAAACCUAAACAACCUGUUCAGGAGAAAGAAGAGAUUACUUUGAAGCCAGUGAAGAAGGAUAUUCCACAGAAGACAGAAGAAACAGAAACUGUACAGUUGAAACCUGUACAGAGACAUAAACCAAAAGCAGAAGAAGAAGACAAGUUAGUGCUGAAACCUGUGAAGAAAGACGCAAAAGAAGUAUUCAAAGAAGAGGAAUCUCUACCAAGGGAGUUGGCUAAAGAAGACACAACUGCAGAAAAACCAAAAGAGACCAAGAAAGUAAAGAAACCAGAGAGCUUAAAAGAGACUCCACAUGAUAUGGAAGAAAAAGCUGACAUUGUUCCAGAGAAAGUACCUGAUGAGGAAAAGCCUGAGGCACCAGAUGAAGAUCAGGUAUCUCAUGUACCAUGGGUACGAGGAAAGAAACCUAAACAACCUGUUCAGCAGAAAGAAGAGAUCACUUUGAAACCAGUGAAAAAGGAUAUCCCAGAGAAGGCAGAAGAAAAGGAAAUAGUACAGUUGAAACCUGUACAGAGACAUAAACCAACAGCAGAAGAAGAGGAUAAAAUAGUUCUAAAACCUGUGAAGAAGGAGACACAGGAAGUAAUUAGAAAAGACGAGUCUCUUGCAAUGGAGGUGACUGAAGAAGAUACAAUUGUAGAAAAAUCAAAAGAGAUAAAGAAAGUCAAGAAACCCAAGAGCUUGAAAGAGACGCCACAAGAUGUGGAAGAGAAACCAGAGACGGUUCCAGAAAGACUAUCUGUUGAGGAAAAGCCUGAGGCACCAGAGCAAGAUCAGGUAUCGCAUUUACCAUGGAUACGAGGAAAGAAACCUAAACAACCUCUUCAGGAGAAAGAAGAGAUUACUUUGAAGCCAGUGAAGAAGGAUAUUCCACAGAAGACAGAAGAAACAGAAACUGUACAGUUGAAACCUGUACAGAGACAUAAACCAAAAGCAGAAGAACAAGACAAGUUAGUGCUGAAACCUGUGAAGAAAGACACAAAGGAAGUAUUCAAAGAAGAGGAAUCUCAACCAAGGGAGUUGGCUAAAGAAGACACAACUGCAGAAAAACCAAAAGAGACCAAGAAAGUAAAGAAACCAGAGAGCUUAAAAGAGACUCCACAUGAUAUGGAAGAAAAAGCUGACAUUGUUCCAGAGAAAGUAUCUGAUGAGGAAAAGCCUGAGGCACCAGAUGAAGAUCAGGUAUCUCAUGUACCAUGGGUACGAGGAAAGAAACCUAAACAACCUGUUCAGCAGAAAGAAGAGAUCACUUUGAAACCAGUGAAAAAGGAUAUCCCAGAGAAGGCAGAAGAAAAGGAAAUAGUACAGUUGAAACCUGUACAAAGACAUAAACCAACAGCAGAAGAAGAGGAUAAAAUAGUGCUGGAACUUGUGAAGAAGGAGACACAGGAAAUAAUUAGAAAAGAGGAGUCUCUUGCAAUGGAGGUGACUGAAGAAGAUAAAAUUGUUGAAAAAUCCAAAGAGAUCAAGAAAGUUAAGAAACCCAAGAGCUUGAAAGAGAGGCCACAAGAUGUGGAAGAGAAACCAGAGAUGGUUCCAGAAAGACUAUCUGUUGAGGAAAAGCCUGAGGCACCAGAGCAAGAUCAGGUAUCACAUUUACCAUGGGUGCGAGGAAAGAAACCUAAACAACCUGUUCAGGAGAAAGAAGAGAUCACUUUGAAACCAGUGAAGAAGGAUAUUCCAGAGAAGAUAGAAGAAAAGGAAAUAGUACAGUUGAAGCCUGUACAGAGACAUAAACCAACAGCAGAAGAAGAAGAUAAAAUAGUGCUGAAACCUGUGAAGAAGGAGACACAGGAAGUAAUUAGAAAAGAGGAGUCUACCGCAAUGGAGGUGACUGAAGAAGAUACAACUGUAGAAAAAUCAAAAGAGAUAAAGAGAGUCAAAAAACCAAAGAGCUUGAAAGAGGCACCACAGGAUGUGGAAGAGAAACCAGAGAUGGUUCCAGAAAGACUACCUGCUAAGGAAAAGCCUGAGGCACCAGAACAAGAUCAGGUAUCGCAUUUACCAUGGGUACGAGGAAAGAAACCUAAACAACCUGAACAGGAGAAAGAAGAGAUUACUUUGAAGCCAGUGAAGAAGGAUAUUCCAGAGAAGAUAGAAGAAAAGGAAAUAGUACAGUUGAAACCUGUACAGAGACAUAAACCAACAGCAGAAGAAGAGGAUAAAAUAGUUCUAAAACCUGUGAAGAAGGAGACACAGGAAGUAAUUAGAAAAGAAGAGUCUCUUGCAAUGGAGGUGACUGAAGAAGAUACAAUUGUAGAAAAAUCAAAAGAGAUAAAGAGAGUCAAGAAACCAAAGAGCUUGAAAGAGGCACCACAGGAUGUGGAAGAGAAACCAGAGAUGGUUCCAGAAAGACUAUCUGUUGAGGAAAAGCCUGAGGCACCAGAGAAAGAUCAGGUAUCGCAUUUACCAUGGGUUCGAGGAAAGAAACCUAAACAACCUGAACAGGAGAAAGAAGAGAUUUCAUUGAAGCCGGUGAAGAAGGAUAUUCCAGAGAAGACAGAAGAAAAGGAAAUUGUACAGUUGAAACCUGUACAGAGACAUAAACCAAAAGCAGUAGAAGAAGACAAGUUAGUGCUGAAACCUGUGAAGAAGGACACAAAGGAAGUAUUCAAAGAAGAGGAAUCUCUUCCAAGGGAGUUGGCUAAAGAAGGCACAACUGCAGAAAAACCGAAAGAGACCAAGAAAGUAAAGAAACCAGAGAGCCUUAAGGACACUCCACAUGAUACGGAAGAGAAAGCCUACUCUGUUCCAGAAGGAGUAUCUGUUGAGGAAAAGCCUGAGGCACCAGAUCAAGAUCAGGUAUCGCAUGUACCAUGGGUACGAGGAAAGAAGCCUAAACAACCUGUUCAGGAGAAAGAGGAGAUUAUUUUGAAACCAGUGAAGAAGGAUAUUCCAGUGGAGACAGAAGCAGGAGAAAUUGUACAGUUGAAGCCUGUUGAGAAACCGAAGCCAACAGCCGAAGACUUGGAAAGAAUUACCCUUAAACUUGAACCAGCAGUGGAGAAACAAAAACCAUUAGAGAAACUUGUAUCUGAAAGGGAAGUACCUUUAAUUCCAAGUAAUGAGGAAUCUCCCUUACAAGAUAGUAAGGAGAUCACAAAAGUACCUUGGCGACGUGGAAAGAAACAUGAGGCACCUGAACUGGAAAAGGAGGAAAUUACUUUGAAACCUGUCAAAAAGAGUGUUCCUGAGAAAACCGAUGAUAGGAAAGAAUUGCGAUUGAAGCCUGUACCUAAAGAGAAACCAUCAGUAGAUGAGGUACAGGAAGUUAUGCUAAAACCUGUGAAGAAGGACGAAAAGGAAGUAAUUACAGAGAAACAGGGUGUAACUAUAAAAGAAGUAGGAGAAAACCAAAUAGGGGAAGAAAAAAAUUUGCAGGAGCUGAAAUCAGAAGAGUUGCCUAAGGAUGACACUCCUACCAAAAAACCCAGUGUACCUUGGAGAAAAAAGAAACCAGUGCCUAUGAAGGAGGCUCCACUUGAUGUGGAGGAAUUAACGGACACUGCUCCAGAAGUGUCUAAAGUUACCAUGACUCCUGGUAUGCCUAAACUUGCAGAUGCUCCAGAUAUUUUAAAGGAAGUUCUAGAUGAGAAACCAAUGCUACUUCCUGUAAGACUGAUUGAUGAACAAGAUGAGAUGAUGAAAGACUUAGUAUCUGUAGGUGAAAUUGCCUUGGCAAAACCCAAAGCUGUGCACCCUUCAGAUAAAGAGAAAUUACUGUCUGAGAGCGUGCAGGUGGAAGCUACUACAGAAACUCUUGAUUGGCACAAAGACAUUAAGGUGGAUACUUUUUCCAAAAAGAAAGUUCCUGAAGAAUCCCGACCCACAAUUCUUUCUGAUAGUACACCAUUAAGUGAAUUGGAAAUUGUGUCUCAGAAGCGGGUGACUGAUAGCGUGUUGAAGAUUCCAGAGGAACCCAUUCAAGACGUGGAAAAUCUUGAUGUUCAUCACACAGUCAGUCAGACAGUGGUACAAAAGACAGUCACAGAAGCCACUAAAAGUAUUUCAAAAGCUGUACCCCCAAAAUUUGUUAGAAAAUUGACACCUGCCAUGGUGGAACCAAACAAGAAAGCAACAUUUAUUUGUGAAGUUGAAGGAAAGCCUUUCCCUGAAUUGACUUGGUUUGUUAAUGAAAAACCGUUGCCUUUGUCAAAUCGCAUACAGACGUCAGUUCGUGAAAAAGUUGUGACACUUGAAAUAAGGGAUGUAUUUAAAGAAGAUGUUGGUAUUUAUUCCUGCCGUGCUUCAAAUCCUGCUGGUGUGGCUACAUCUGCAGCAAAUUUGAUCAUUUUGGAGAAACCAGAAAUGGGCAGGGCUCCUCAUUUUACUGAGCAACUGAAACCACUGUCAGCUGCUCCUGGACGUCCUGCUGAGCUGAAAUGUGUUGUUGUUGGUGAGCCUACACCUGAAGUAGUUUGGUUACGUGAUGGUCAGAAAGUGUUCUCUGGACCUGGCCAGGAAAUGUACUACAAUCCUGAAUCUGGAACUGCGAGUUUGAUUAUCAGUGAACCAACGGAACAUGAUGAAGCAGUGUACAGUGUACAAGCCAUUAACAAAUUUGGCCGAGCAGAAUGCCGAGCAAAUCUUGUACUUGGUAAACCAAUAGAAGCAAGACAGCCACAGUUUAUGAGGGCACCAUAUAUAACACGUCCCUUACAAGCCAUUGCUGCAGUAAAAGAUGAGCCUGUGGAGCUGAUGGCAGCAUUUGAAGGAGAACCUGUACCAGAAGCAAAGUGGUUUCGCAAUGGAAAGGAGGUGGUGGCUUCAGAGGGAAUUGAUAUUGUGAAAGAGACAAAACAUACUGUUUUACGUAUAGAAAAGAUAAACAAAACCAGUACUGGAAUGUAUGAAGUUCGUGCUAUAAAUCCAGUUGGAGAGGCCAAAACAUCUUGUUCUGUCACUAUCAGAGAAGAACAGCCUGAAAUGACUGAAGCAAGGCCACCAUCUUUCAUUAAGCCUCUACAGCCAAAGAUUGUAACUGUUGGAGAAGUUGUUAUUUUGGAGACUAUUGUAGAGUCAUACCCUACAUGUUCAUUCCAAUGGUUCCAUCUGUCUACUCCAGUGAAGUCAACAACAGAAACACGGAUUGUGACAGAAGCAAAUAAGUCAUUACUAGUUUUGCAAGAUGUUAAUGAACAACAGACAGGUAGUUAUACAUGUCGUGCAGAGAAUGUUGUUGGAUCAGUGACUUGCACAGCAACACUAUCUGUCAUACCUGAUGAGAAAUGGGAAGAUACUAUAGAGUUAGAGGCUCCACAUUUUGAACAGAAGUUAGUGCCAUUACGAGUCAUGGAUGGAGAACCAGUGCAACUCACUUGCAAGAUUGUUGGAAAACCAAUUCCAAAAGUUAUUUGGUAUCACAAAGGACUACCUUUGAAAGAAUCUAAGGGUGUUACAAUGUACCAAGACUCAGAAGGUGUAUGUAAAUUAGCAAUUUCAGAGGUUUUUCCAGAGGAUGCUGGACAGUACACUUGCCAGGCUAUCAACAAAGCAGGAGAAGCUGUUUGUGCUGCAUCACUUGUUGUUGAAGCUUAUGAAUACGUACCUGACUCUGAGAUUGCAACAACUGGAGUAUCUCUUGUUACAGGACAGAGUGGUUCAGAAGAAGAUCUUUUAGUAGAAAAGGAGACAAUCUCUGAAGUUUCUGAAAUGACAGAAUUGCAACAUGGGGAAGUGGGAAAAGCACCUCGGUUUGUUACUUACUUGCCAGAAACUGUGACCUCACGUGAUGGUGAACUUAUAAGACUGGAGGUCAAAGCAGAGGGAAUACCAAGACCAAAGAUUAGAUGGUACAAGCAAGGAAUAGAACUUACCCCUUCGAAGGAUUUUGAUGUUGAAGAUUUUGAGGAAGGUACUUCGGUCCUCACUAUACCAGAAGUUUUCCCUGACGAUGCGGGUGAGAUUCUAUGCGAAGCUCAGAAUGAUUUUGGCAUUGACACAACAGUUACUGAACUUGUUGUUGAAGGUAUUCUAGGUACAAAGGAAUAUCGAAAACCUGAAUGGGUGACACAGAUGGAACAACUAAAGGAGAAACUGAUGGGUAAUGGCCGUUCGGCCACUUUGCCUGUGCAUGAUGCUGUUGUACCGACUUGCAUGCCAAGCCUCACAAAUGCUAUGGAGUGUUCUGCUGCAGCAUCCCAUUCCCCUAAUCCACCUGGCUUUGCUCAUUUAGUCAUAUCCGACUACCUGAGUUCUCACCGACAUUCUAUCUCGGCAGCUAUAGAAGCGUUGAGUGCAGGUGGCGGAGCAGGAGCAGCACUGCUCGCAUCGCCACCACUACACCUGACUGAACGACAAGAGAAAGAGGUUGUGGUGGUGGCAGCAGCAGCACUACAACAUGUGCCCGAUAGGAACAAUGAAACUGAACUGAAAAGGGCGUCGCGUAACCUGUCGGCAUCUUGUGAGGCACUGUUUCCUACUCCGAGUAACAGUGUCAUCCAUCUACUUUCCUGCAGUUGCAUACAGCAGACAGCCAGGAGGAAUUGCAAGAAUUUCUGUUGCUUGAAAGUAGGUGCUGUGGAGAGACAGAGGAAUGCCGUGGGCUUGCCUCUGCUUUCUCUGACAGUGAUGACAAUGAGCAUGGCUCUGCCAAAAUCGUGGCAGAGCACUGCUAGCAGGAAAAUUCUUGCAGAAGUUCAAAUAAACCCAACAAUAAUAUCACCUCUAGUCAUAGCUACCCAGAGUGCACCAACAUUUGUACAGGAAAUUAGGGACAACAGGGCUAAGGAAAUGGAAACAGUAACAUUUGAAUGUCAGUUCUCAGGGACUCCACUGCCUGAUAUAACCUGGUAUAAGAAUGGCAAAAUUCUUCGUAAUACAAGGAAUAUUCAAAUUAGAAUUAGAAACAACAAAACUACUUGUCAAAUACUAAAAGUAACCCCAGAAGAUGAAGGAACCUACAUCUGCAAAGCAGCUAGCGAAGUUGGAGUAGCUGAAACAAAAGCAGAAUUGUUUGUACAAGAAUUGACUCUUGAGGAGCGCCAAAAACUGGAAGUUAAGAAAGGCACAGAGCAGCAUGCAAAGAUAAAGCUGGAGAGAGUAAAAACACAGAAGAAGCCAAAAACAGAAGAAACUGUUGUCGACACAGUUUUUGAGACAGAGAGGAAAAGGGAAAUUGUGGACAUCCAUGAGACACAUGUUCUGGAAUCCACUGCACAGUUUGCAGAGAAAACAAAAAAGGUCACUGCACAGAAAGUCUUUUCAGUUCAAGAUUCAGUUGAGAUAUCUGCAAUUGCAUCAUGUAAAAAAGUUGAUGACACAAGUGAAAAACCCAUUCUGACAGAAGAAAAGGCAAAAGAAAUUGUUCCAGUUCAAGAAAGUGUUACAGUUUCUGAAGUGGAUGUUAAAGAUGAUGUGAAAUAUCUUAAGACACAGAAGACCAAAGUGACAGCUGAUACAAAAGUAAAUAUACAGGAGUCAGUAUCCAUUUCACAACUGAAAAGUGAAGAUAUGGUGAAAGAAUUUGAAGUAAAGCCCUUAGAGGAGCAGGCAGAUAGGAAGGUCAGUGUCCAAGAAUCUGUUAGUGUGUCUGAAGUUAUUACAGAAGACAGAGUCAUAGAUCUGAAAGAAACAAAACCAAAAGAAGAAGAAGCUGUGUUGAUGAAGCCUAUACAAGAGAGUUUCCUAGUAACUGAAACUCUGUCAGAGACUACUAUAACUGAAAUGAAAGAUGCAAAAACCAUGGAGAGUGCAGAAUACAAAGUGCCCAUUUUAGAACCCAUGGUUGUAUCUGAAAUACAGACUGAAACUACAGUUGAAGAAGUCAAAGACAAAAAACCCAAAAGUUAUCAAGCCAAGCCUGAUAAGAGUCCUGUACAGCAAGAAGUAGCAGAAAUUACUGAGGUUAAAGUAGAAAGGGCACCAGAGUUACAAAAGAAGAAAGAGCAAGUAUUGGUUGAAAAGGAAAAGAAGGAAGCUGAGGAAGUAGUGACAGAGAAAAAGGAAACAGAUAUUGUGACGAAGAAGAAGACUGCUGUCAAAAAGAAAGAUCUCGAGGAAGAAGAAGAAAUUUUUGUCCAGCGUGCAUUGAAGACUAUGCAAAAGCUAGAAAGAUGGGAACGUGUGAAACAGGCACAGGAAGUAGAGGAGUUGCUACAUUUGAUUCCUGUUCAAGAAUUUGGACCAGAAAGUGAAAAACCUUUACGUGAACUGGCACGUGUUGGCUGGUUGCUACGGCGAGGGUUAAAUGUGCAAGAAGUAACGGCACUUCAUCGUGCUGGACACUUCCAGGAACUUCGCACACCAUUGGCUCAGUCUGCUCUCGUUUCUUUAGUGGAACGUCAAGGGCACGGAGUUCUGGUUUCACAAGCUCUUGCAGAGGAGGAUGAAGUCCAAGGGCCAGAAACAGCUGGCUUCCGUGCAUUUCUUCGCAUGAUUGAACUGGAAUAUGCCACUGUUGAACAAGCUGUUACUCUUUUCGCUCCUGAAGAUUUCCGCCCAGACUCGUGGGAAGUCCAAGAAGCUACAGAGGUUGUGGAGAAGACACAUAUAACACAACAGGCAGAAACUAUAAAACAAGCUGAAGUUCGUAUUGCUGAUGAGAAGAAAGUGACUAAGAAGAAGAAGACAAAGACUGAAGUUGAAAAAGAAGAAACUCUUGAAGAGAUAGACCAUGAACGGCGCACAGCAUCCAGGACUGCUGCAGAAAAACCACAACCUCAUGAACGACUAAUACCUAUAGAGGUGGAAAGGGAUGAGGGGGUACUGAUUACAGAAUUACCUACUGACCACCAAAUUACAAUAACUGAGCCCUCUCUUGCUAUUGUUACUCAACCAGCUGAAGAACUCGGUGUGCAGAAGACAAGAGCUGAAGAAGAAGAUAAAAAGUUUGAGGAGGAUGAAGAACUAAUUAUAAUUGAAGAAAGAAAGGGGGAGGGUAUCAGAAGCCAGCGGAGAAAGAAGGUCAUCAGACAGAAAUCCGAGGAAGAGGUUGAGGUGGAAAUACAGGUGGUAGGUGGCGAGAAAAGAAAGGUGAAGAAAAUAAUAAAAGCUACUCAACCAGACACAUCUGAAGAAAUGAUUGAUGAGGAAUAUUUGCAGGAAAUAAAACCAUUUGAGAAAGCUGUGCAGAAAGCUUUGCCCCUUUUAAGUACAAAACAAGUGUCAGAGACUGUACCGUCUGUGCAUAUUACGGAACUACAGACAGGAGUUGAGGAUCGUGGUGAGCAUGUAAAAGUGAACAUGUUGACUCUAAGUGCAGUAUCUGGAGAACAAGUGCUUGUGGAAGAACAUGAAGUUCCCACAAAAUCAGCAAAAUUUGAGGGUAUAAAAGCAUCUCAGCGAUUUGACACAAUUGAACCUUAUACUGUUACGGAAGCAGAUGUGCAUACUCGUGCACGAGAAUUCUCUGAUGUGUUCCAGCCACAGUCAUUUGAGGCUAGUGUAGCUAUUAUUCCACGAGAAGGUGUAGUUGUAAGUGAGAUGACUGUGCGUGCUGGAACUGGUGAGUUGGUGGAAUUGGCUGAAGGACAACAGAAGCAGGCAACCAUUGGUUUAACACUGCAAGAAGCAACCAGUGUAAGUGAGACUGAAAUUUCAGUAAAAGAAGGUGACUUCACAGAUCUCAGAAAACCUCAACAGAGGCAAGCAGAACAUAUUUUCUUACCAAAUGAAGGAAUAUCCGUAUUAGAAGUAACAGAGGGUACUUCUGAGAAUGUUCUUCAGAUUACCUCAAAGCCACUUCCUGUGAAACCUCGUGUUCAGGUACCAUCUGCAGAACCAUUGCUGGUUAGUGAGGUGUUUCCUGAGAUGAAACCAGGAAAAUAUCUGCCAGAAUCAUUUGUAGCAACAGAAAUGGCAAGUAAAAGUGUAGUGGCUCAACAUGGAAUCUCAGCUCUAGAAAUGCAUGCACCAGAGAAGGAAGGUGAGUAUGUGUCAGAUCGUCUCCCGCCAUCACAGAUAGCUGGAUCAGAAAUUACUCCAGGAGAGGCAUUACAGGUUUCACAGUCAGAUGUGCAGGAAGCUGAAGCCCCAUUGGCUGCAAAACAACAGCCAGAGACUGCCACAGCAGAAGAAGAUGUUACUCUUAUGCGAGGUAUUACUGUAAGCACUGUGGAAGCACAGCUGCAAGAGAAGGCCUUCAGGAGUGAUGAGCAUGAUGCCAAAAAAGCAGGUGUCUUGUUUAUGGAGAACGAAUCUAUACAGGCAGCAUUCAUGACAGCAGUAGAAAGAGAGGCAGAACUUGCUCCAGAGGAGAAACCAGCUGAAAAAACUGCAGAACCUGUUCUCUCUUGUUUGGAAGCUGCUGAUGUAUCUGAAUCUCUUGUGCAGGAAGUGGAAGGUGAGCUUCUUGCAGACAAGUCACCACUAAAAGUUCACGCUGAAGCUAGUGUCAGGCCGGAAGAACCACUUUCCAUAUUGGAGGUUUGCGCAGGACACGCAUCUGCUGAGCUGUCAGAGAGCUUAAGAUAUCGCACUGAUGAAGCAGUGUCUGUAUUUGAAACAACAGAAGCUAAGCAAGUAUCAGUGAUACUUGCACAAGAAAAAGAAAGUAUGCUACCUGACCUUCAGAAACCUCUACCAGCUCAGGGUGAAAAAUCAUUUUCACCACAGACAGGUCUAACUGUUGUGCAGACAGUGGCAGAGGAGUCAGAAGGAAUAUUUUUGGCAGCUGAACUGCCAGAAAGUCAUAGAGUGAAGACAUCACCAACUCAGCCUUUUCAGUCAAUUGUUAUUGAAGAAACUCUUGCACAAGGACAUGCAGGUCAUAUAGAAAGGGAUACACCAGCAUUAGGUAUUGCUAAAGCUGACAGAGAACUCCUUCGAGAGAUGAUUAUAGAGGAGGCUAUUACAGGUGAAGGUCUGCAGUCGUACAAGGAAGCAAUGAAACCAGAUAGUAAACAAGCAGGCAUUACAGUUCUACAAGAAGAGAGCUUAACUGUUACUGAGGUGGUUACAGAAGACAAAGAAGCUGGGUAUACAAAGCCCACAAUGCCAACUGAAUGCUUUGCUCUUCCAGAAAUAAAAGGCCAAAAGGUGGCAAUCAAGACAGAAGUGAGACCAGAUAUCUCUGCUGUACCAUUAUCUAGUGAAUAUCCAACAAGAGAAACUGCUAAACCUGAUCAGAUUCCACUUGAAAGCCUUCUUGUGACACUUGCACAAAUGGUUGAGAAAGAAGGUGAGUUGUCCAAAGAUAUAAAGCCAGAUAUAAAGAGUGCAACAGUUGAUUUAACAGAGAGACAUUCAGAGAUUAGUGUGACACAAGUAGUGGCACAUGAUAAAGAAAAAGAAUAUGUUACAGAACAGUCUCCUAAACAAAUGACAGCCACAGCCAGUGUACCAGUUCAUGAAGUGGCUAUUAAGUCAGAGACAUUGCCAGAGUUAAAUGUUGGUGAUCUUCCUGAGAGAGAACAUGUCACAGGUAGAGCAAAGCCUGAUAAUGAACCACUGCAAGAACUUAUAAUCACAGAAACAGCUAUUACUGAAGUUGAGAGACAACUUAAAGAAGGUGUGAAGCCGGAGAAAAGGACUGCAGAUGUAGCCAUUGAUGUAGGUGAAGGAAUAUCAAUUACAGAAAUUGUCGCUGACCAUAAAGAGGCUAUCCUUGAAUCUCUAGAAAUGCCAAAACAGAGGCAGGCCACUCUCAAUAUCCGUAGCCAAGAAGUUGCUCAGAAGGAGGAAGUGGUGAUGGAUUAUGUCACUGGUGAAUGGAAGAGGCAGUCACCAGUUAAGGAAAGUGCUCACCCAGAACAGGAUGCACUGGAAUGUGCUGUGUUACUACAGCCACAUAUUGGUGAAAGGGAAGGUCUUUAUAGUGCAGAUAUUAAGCCAGAUGAAAAAACAGCUAACAUUACCUUUGAAGAAGGUCAGAUACUAAGUGUCACAGAAGUUUUGCCUGAUGACAAAGAAAAACCACUUGAAAUUCCGGAAGCUCCAAACAGAUAUAAAGCAACAGCAGACUUCCGAACUCAAGAAGUUGCAGUGAAGUCUGAAAUAAUAGCUGGGUUAAAUGUCACAGAAAUAACACAUGUAGAGCCAUCAACAGCAGAAGCCACUAAAGACCAGGUUCCAUAUCAGAGUUUUAUUCUUUGUGAGACUCUGACAGGAGAAAAGGAAUCUGAGUAUCAGCCAUUAAUUAUGCCUGAUUCCAAAGUAGCAGAUACUGUUAUCUUGGAAGAAGAGGGACUUACUGUAAAUCAGGUAACUACUGGAGAUGUGGAGACAACAUUUUCUUCACCAGAGAAGCCAGAAGGAAAGAAAGCAUUUCCAUCUGUAAUAGGGCAAGAAAUUGCUGAGAAAACAGCGGUUUGGAUUGAAAGUAGUGUGGGUAAGUUACCAUACGAAGAGCCCCAGUGUGUACAAGCUUUAGCGGAACAAUUGCCACAUCAUAGUUUGAUUCAGUCAGAAAUGGCUCCUGUGGAAUGUGAAGGUGUAUACUCAGUGGGCGUACAGCCAGAUAGUAAGAGUGCAGAGGUUGUAAUUGAUGAAGCAAAAAUGUUAGCCAUUACGGAAGUCAUCACACAAGACAAGGAAGGGCAUUAUGAAGCUCCCAUCAAACCAGAUGGCAAGUUUGCAAAACCUGGUGUAUUGGGACAGGAAGUAGCUCAGAAGAUAGAGGUAGUGACAGAAUCAAGAACUGGUGAAAUACUUUUAGAGACUCCAGUCAAAGUACAAGCCACAUCUGAACAAUUGACAUUUGAGAGUCUACAGCAGGCAGAAGCAACUGUGCAAGAACGAGAAGGAGAAUUUAAAGAGAAACUGAAAUACGAUAUGCUACAUGCAAAUCUGGAAUUUGAACAGGGUAAGAGUUUGACCAUUACUGAAAUAUUGGCACAAGAUAGAGAAGAAAUAAUUGCAACUGUGGAAAAGCCAAAGGAAAGAAAGGCAAGGACAGAUAUCAGUGGCAAAGAAGUGGCAGAAAAGACUGAAAUUGUACCUGAAUUUGGAAUGGGGAAACUAGAGGAAGAAAAAACUUCACCGGCUCAAGCAAAGAAGGCUCAUUUGCCCUUCGAAAGUGUUAUUAAAAUGGAAGUAAGCAUAAGAGAGUGUGAGGAACCCUUGAAGGGUGAUAUUAAGCCCAUAGCCAAACUUGCUGAAAUUGUAUUUGAAGAAGGUCAGCCACUACAAGUUACUUCAAUGGUGACAGGAGACAGAGAAAGUGAAUAUGUAACUCCUGAAAAGCCAAGUGGCAAAGUGGCUCAUUCAGAAGUUCUCACUCAUGAAGUUGCAGAGAAAUCUGAAAUAGUUCCAGGUUUGAAUAUCAGGGAACUGGUUCAGGAGGAACCUCUCAAAGUAAAAGCAAACACUGAACAGGCACCAUUUGAAAGUGUAAUGCAGAUACAAGCUCUUAUUCAAGAAAGUGAAGGGACAUUUGAAAAGGGUGAACUUCCUGCUUUUAGAAAGGCAGGAUUAAAUUUUGAAGCAGAACAAUCUCUCACUAUUUCAGAGGUCACACUUGGCGAUAAGGAACUUCUUUAUACUGCACCUCAAUUACCCAAAGAAAGACAAGCACAGCCAGACAUAACCGAAAGCCAGGAGGUGGCAGAACAAAGUCAGGUGCUCACAGAAAUAGCGGUUGGUCAAAUUGAAGCAAUAGUCCCAGUGUCAGAAACAGCUAAACUGGGACAUGACGUUCUUCAAAGUGUUAUGGUCUAUGAGAGUCAAACUCAUGAAAAUGAAUCUGAGUUUGUCAAAAAACAAUUACCAGUGACAAAAAAGGCUGAUGUCUUCAUAGAAAAGGGAAGGAAGGCACAAACUGUUACAGAAGUAAUUGCAGAUCUCAAGGAGGGAACUGUGAAAGAACUAGAGAUACCAACAGGAAAGAAAGCACGCCCUGAUAUUCUUGGCCAUGAGAUAGCAGAAAAGGCUGAAGUUGUAACACAUCUUUCUGUUGGUGAUGUCAUGGAACACAAAGUUCAUAGGACUUUUGCAUCAUUGGAACAAGUUCCAUUUGAGGGCAUUGUUCAAUCUGAAGCUGUAGUCCGUGAGAAAGAAAAUACCUUUAUCUCUGAUUUAAAAAUGGUCACUGCAAGUGCAGAGACAAUGUUUGAGGAAGGUAAAAGUGUCACUAUCUGCCAAGUUAUACCAGAAGACAAGGAGGAUGAUUUUGUGGCAGCACAAAAGCCCAAAACUCGAAUAGCUCAACCAGAAAUAGAGGCCCAUGAAAUAGCUGAAAAAUCUGAGGUUAUACCAGAAACAGGAGUUUCAGAACUUUCAUUUCAGGUCCCAAAACAUGCACAAGCUAAACCAGAGUCAUUAUUAUUUGAAGGCCUGGUUCAGUCAGAAGUUGCUGUCCGAGAAAGUGAGAUAGAUUUUGAUGGCAAAUUAAAAUUAGAUAAGAGGACUGUAGAUGUUUCAUUUGAGGAAGGCAGUAGUGUCACAAUAAUGGAGGUUAUUCCAGAUGACAAAGAAGCCCAGUAUUUGUCUCCUAUGGCACCUGAAUCUAAAGUAGCUCUACCACACAUAUCUGGGCAUCAGAUAGCAGAGAAAUCAGAGGUAUUACCAGAACUUAGCCUUGGACCUGUUGAUGUGAGACCUACACAGAAAAUACAGGCUGAUGUUCAACAGAUUCCAUUUGAAGGUAUUGUUCAGUCUGAAGCAAUUAUCCGUGAGAAGGAAGACGUCUUUAAAUCAAGUGUGAAGAAAGUGUCGGCCACUGCAGAGAGAAAAUUUGAGGAGGGCAGAAGUGUUACUGUAAGCCAAAUCAUAGCAGAAGACAAGGAAGGCGACUAUGUAAUUACUGAGAAACCCAAAGCCCAAAUGGCUGAACCAGAUGUCCAAGUGCAGCAAGUUGCAGAGAAAACUGAGGUAAUUACAGAAGUAGCAGCAUCUGACCUCUCGGUUGAAAAACCUAAGAAGGCACAAGCUAAAUCUGAAUCCUUCUUGUUUGAAAGCUUAGUUCAGUCAGAAAUUACUGUUCGUGAAAGUGAAAUUGAAUUUACUAGUCAAUUUAAAGAAGAUAAGAAGAAAGUGGAUGUAUCAUUUGAAGAAGGUAGAGGUGUGACAAUAACAGAAGUAGUUCCAGAUGACAGAGAAUCUCAGUACAUCUCUCCUACAGCACCAGAGAGUAAAGUAGCCUUACCAAACAUAUCUGGACAUGAGAUAGCAGAGAAAUCGGAGGUAUUAGCAGAACUUAGCCUUGGACCUGUUGAUGUGAAACCUACACAGAAAAUACAGGCUGAUGUUCAGCAGAUUCCAUUUGAAAGUAUUGUACAGUCUGAAGCAAUUAUCCGUGAGAAGGAAGACGUCUUUAAGUCAAGUGUAAAGAAAGUGUCUGCCACCGCAGAGAGGAAAUUUGAGGAAGGCAGGAGUGUUACUGUAAGUGAAAUCAUAGCAGAAGACAAGGAAGGUGACUAUGUUAUCACUGAGAAACCCAAAGCCCAAAUGGCUGAACCAGACAUCCAAGUACAGCAAGUCGCUGAAAAAACUGAAGUGCUUACAGAAGUGGCAGCGUCUGAGCUCUCAGUUGAGAAACCUAAGAAGGCACAAGCUAAAUCUGAAUCCUUCUUGUUUGAAAGCUUAGUUCAGUCAGAAAUUACUGUUCGUGAAAGUGAAAUUGAAUUUACUAGUCAAUUUAAAGAAGAUAAGAAGAAAGUGGAUGUAUCAUUUGAAGAAGGUAGAGGUGUGACAAUAACAGAAGUAGUUCCAGAUGACAGAGAAUCUCAGUACAUCUCUCCUACAGCGCCAGAGAGUAAAGUAGCCCUACCAAACAUAUCUGGACAUGAGAUAGCAGAGAAAUCAGAGGUAUUAACAGAACUUAGCCUUGGACCUGUUGAUGUGAAACCUACACAGAAAAUACAGGCUGAUGUUCAGCAGAUUCCAUUUGAAGGUAUUGUUCAGUCUGAAGCAAUUAUCCGUGAGAAGGAAGACAUCUUUAAGUCAAGUAUAAAGAAAGUGUCUGCCACUGCAGAGAGGAAAUUUGAGGAAGGCAGGAGUGUUACUGUAAGUGAAAUUAUAGCAGAAGACAAGGAAAGUGACUAUGUAAUUACUGAAAAACCCAAAGCCCAAAUGGCUGCACCAGAUGUCCAAGUACAACAAGUUGCAGAAAAAACUGAAGUCAUUACAGAAAUAGCAACUUCUGACCUUUCUGUCGAAAAACCUAUGAAGGCUCAAGUUAAAUCCAAAUCCAUCUUGUUUGAAAGCUUAGUUCAGUCGGAAGUUACUGUUCGUGAAAGUGAAAUUGAAUUUAGUAGCCAAUUUAAAGAAGACAGGAAGAAUGUGGAUGUGUCAUUUGAAGAAGGCAGAGGUGUGACAAUAACAGAAGUAGUUCCAGAUGACAGAGAAUCUCAGUACAUCUCUCCUACAGCACCAGAGAGUAAAGUAGCCCUACCAAACAUAUCUGGACAUGAGAUAGCAGAGAAAUCAGAGGUAUUAACAGAACUUAGCCUUGGUCCUGUUGAUGUGAGCCCUGCACAGAAAAUACAGGCUAAUGUUCAACAAAUUCCAUUUGAAGGUAUUGUUCAGUCUGAAGCAAUUAUCCGGGAGAAGGAAGAAAUCUUUAAGUCAGGCAUGAAGAAAGUGUCUGCCACUGCAGAGAGAAAAUUUGAAGAAGGCAGAUGUGUUACUGUAAGUGAAAUCAUAGCAGAAGACAAGGAAGGCGACUACGUAAUUACUGAAAAACCCAAAGCCCAAAUGGCCGAACCAGACGUCCAAGUGCAGCAAGUUGCAGAGAAAACUGAGGUAAUUACAGAAGUAGCAGCAUCUGACCUCUCGGUUGAAAAACCUAAGAAGGCACAAGCUAAAUCUGAGUCCUUCUUGUUUGAAAGCUUAGUUCAGUCAGAAAUUACUGUUCGUGAAAGUGAAAUUGAAUUUACUAGUCAAUUUAAAGAAGAUAAGAAGAAUGUGGAUGUAUCAUUUGAAGAAGGGAGAGGUGUGACAAUAACAGAAGUAGUUCCAGAUGACAGAGAAUCUCAGUACAUCUCUCCUACAGCGCCAGAGAGUAAAGUAGCCCUACCAAACAUAUCUGGACAUGAGAUAGCAGAGAAAUCAGAGGUAUUAACAGAACUUAGCCUUGGACCUGUUGAUGUGAGACCUACACAGAAAAUACAGGCUGAUGUUCAGCAGAUUCCUUUUGAAGGUAUUGUUCAGUCUGAAGCAAUUAUCCGUGAGAAGGAAGACGUCUUUAAGUCAAGUAUAAAGAAAGUGUCUGCCACUGCAGAGAGGAAAUUUGAGGAAGGCAGGAGUGUUACUGUAAGUGAAAUCAUAGCAGAAGACAAGGAAAGUGACUAUGUAAUCAUGGAAAAACCUAAACCCCAGGUAGCUGAAGCUGAAGUUGGAGUGCAACAAGUUGCUGAGAAAUCUGAAGUAUUUACGGAAGUGGCAGCGUCUGAUCUCUCAGUUGAAAAACCAAAGCAUGUACAAGCUACAGCUGAACAAUUGUUGUUUGAAAGCUUAGUUCAGUCAGAAAUUACCAUCCGUGAAAGUGAAUCUGAUUUUGUGAGUCAGCUCAGAGAAGACAAGAAGAGAGUCAAAGUAUUGUUUGAAGAAGGGCAAGGUGUGGCAAUAACAGAAGUAGUGCCAGAUGACAAGGAGUCUCAGUAUAUCACUCCUGGGGCACCAGAGACUAAAGUUGCUCUGCCAAAUGUGUCUGGGCAGGAGGUUGCACAGAAAUCACAGGUGUUUCCUGAGAUGUCUCUUGGUGAAGUAAAAGUGAAGGCCCCCCAAGAACUUCAAAUCACCAUUGAUCAAGUUCCCUUUGAAAGUAUAAUACAGUCAGAAGCUUUAGUGAGUGAAAGAGAGGAGCAUUUCCAGUCUGAUUCUAAAAUGAUAUCAGCAAGUGCAAAGAGUGUGUUUAUUGAAGGUAAGAGCAUAACUGUGUCUCAGGUAGUUCCUGAGGAUAAGGAAAUUGUGUGUGUUGUAGAAGACAGACCUAAGGAACAGAAGGCUGUAGUAGAUAUUCGUGGUCAAGAAAUAGCUGAGAAGUCUGAAGUUGUAGCUGGUACAGGAAUACGUGAGUUUUCUGUGGGUUUGCCUAAACUUGUACAAGCUCAGCCAGAAGCUAUUCUUCAUGAAGGACUAGUACAAACAGAGGCUGCUGUUCAAGAAAAUGAACAGACAUUUGAGGGGAAAUUUGUACCUGAUUCUAGAAGUGCAGGUAUGACAUUUGAAGAAGAAAGAGGUGUUACUAUUACUGAAGUCAUUCCUGAACAUAAGGAAGAAAUAUAUACUGCACCCGAUUUUCCUGAAACCAAACUUGCCCUGCCAGAUGUAACGCCAACAGAAGUAGCACAGAAGCUUGAGAUUUGUGCAGAUAUUUCUCUAGGAGGAAUUGAUGUCAGACCAGUGCAGAAACUUCAGGUGAGCCCAAGGCAACUUCCUUUUGAAAGUUUGAUGCAAUCAGAACCAAUUAUUCGUGAAAAGGAAGGAGAAUUUGCUUCUGGUGUAACUGCUGUUACAGUAACUGCAGAGAGGAGUUUUGAAGAAGAGAGAAGUUUAACAAUUAGUCAAAUUAUCACAAGUGAUAGAGAAGUGGAUUAUACGGUAGAACAGCAGCCAAAGCAACUUAUAGCUGAGGCAUCUGUGUAUGGUACUGAAGUGGCACAGAAAUCUGAAGUCAUGACACAUGUUAGCGUAAAUGAAUUUGAUGUAACUAUCCCAAAAACUGCACAAGCUCAACCACAUUCUGUACCUUUUGAAGGAAUUUUACAAACAGAGGCUAUAGUACGAGAAAAGGAACAAGACUUUGUAGGAUUAGAACACCUGAAGGAAAGCAGCAGGUGUGCAGACAUUGCAUUUGAAGAAGGAAGUGGAAUUACCAUUACAGAAAUUUUUGAGCAACAUAAAGAAGGCCAAUAUGUAACACCUACUCUUCCAGAUUUCAAGUCAAUAAAGCCAAAUAUUGAUACAAAAGAGGUAGCUGAAAAAUCUGAAGUUUUCACUGAAACAUGUGUUGGGGAAGUUGAAGUGAAACCAGUCAAGAAACUAAAAAUUAGUUUUGACCAAACACCAUUUGAAAGCAUUAUUCAGUCACAGGCAAUUGUUAGUGAAAAAGAAGGAGAAUUCCAUGCUGAUGUGAAAAAAGUAAUGGUAAGUGCAGAAAAAGGCUUCGAAGAGGGCAGAAGUGUUACUAUCACAGAAGUUGUUACUGAAGAUAAGGAAGCCGACUAUGUAGCUACAAAACUGCCAAAACCUCAAACUGCACAAACAGAAAUUCGUGGACAGGAGAUUGCUGAGAAAUCUGAAAUUGUCACUCAGUUUGGUACAGCUGAGUUGCAUACAGAUGUACCAACCACUGCACAGGCCUUCCCAGAAUCACUUCCUCUUCAGAGUCUUAUCCAGACUGAAGCAGUUGUUCAGGACAAAGAAAGUGACUUUGUGGAUCAAUCUAGACCAGAUUCCAAGAGUGCAGCUAUAGUAUUUGAGGAAGGACAGGUUGCAUCAGUAACACAGGUGGUUCCGGAAGAUAAAGAAAGCGAAUAUUUUGCUCCAGAGGUAAUUGAAACAAAAACUGCACAACCCAACAUCUCAGGUAAAGAAGUGGCUCAGAAGUCUGAAGUAUUGACAGAAUUAUGUCUGGGAGAAGUUGAAAUUAAAUCUGCACAGCAAGUACAGAGUAAAGUGGAACAAAUUACAUUUGAAAGUAUCAUGCAGUCAGAAGCAUUAGUUCAAGAAAAGGAACAAGAACAGGACUUGCGUCUAGAUAUAAGAUCAUCUCUGAAGAGAGCUGAGACAAGCUUCACUGAAGGAAAGAGCAUUACUGUCACACAAAUAAUUCUGGAAGAUAAGGAAGAAGACUAUUCAAUUGGAAAAACGCCAGAAGAGCAUGCUGUUGUACCUGAAAUUGAAAGUAGAGAAAUUGCAGAGAAAUCUGUAACUCUUAGCGAAAUGAGUGUUGGAGAACUCUCCAUAGAAAAGCCCAAAUUGCUUAAGCUUCAGCCAGAUUCCAUACCUUGUGAAGGACUGUUACAAACAGAAGCUAUUGUACAGGAAAAAGAAAGAGACUUUAUUGGACACCUGAAACUAGACUCAAGGAAUGCAGAUGUUGCCUUUGAGGAAGGAAGAGGAAUUUCAGUAACAGAAGUUGUUUCAGAAGAUAAGGAAAGCCAAUACAUUGUUCCUGAAGCACCACUGAGUAAAGCAACACUUUCUGAUAUAUCAAGAAAAGAAGUUUUACAUACAUCAGAAGUAAUUCCUGACACUUGUCUUGCAGAUUUCAAAGCACAUCCUGCUCAGGAAAUGCAUGUUACAGUGGAACAAAUUCCAUAUGAAAGUUUGAUACAGACACAAACUGAAAUUCAGGAAAGUGAAGUAGAAUUUAGAAGAUCUACUCAAAUAACAGAAAAAAACGCUAAACCAAAGUUUGAAGAAAGAAGAAGUCUAAGUGUCCUUCAAGUGACAACACAACAGAAGGAAGGAAACAUUGAGGUUUCUGAGUUUCCAAAAUUUCAACACGCACUGCCUGAUUUGAUAAGCCAAGAAUCUGUUCAGUUAAGUGAAGUAAUUCCUGGAGUUUCUGUGGGAGAUGUUAAGCAGGACGCUGACGUGAAAGAAAAGGCCAAAUACAGUCAGGAUCUCACUGAAGGUGUUAUUAUAUCUGAAGAACUUAUACAAGAAAAGGAACAUACUUUUGACAAGGUUUUCCAGCCUGAAACAAAAAGUGCAGAUAUUGAAUUUGAGGAACAGAGAGCUACAGCUGUAUCAGUUGUCAUAGCAGAAGAUAAAGAAGGUUUCUUUGUCUCUUCAGAAGCUCCAAAAACAGGUGUCGCCAGGCCAAAGAUACCAGUUAAAGAAGUAGCAGAGAAAGUAGAAAUUGUCACAGAACAGGACAUUGCUGAUCUAAUUAGUGAGAAACCCAUGGAAAUGCAUGCUAAGCCACAGCAGCAACCAAUAGAAACUAUAUUACAAACAGAAGUACUUGUUAGGGAAAGGGAAGGAAUGUUUUAUGGUGACUCCAAACCAGAUACUCAAAAUGUUGAAGUCACAUAUGAUGAUGGGAAGAAGGGUAUCAUGGUCACCCAAGUUAUUCCUGAAGAUAGAGAGGGUAUUUAUCAAGAAAAAGAUGUUCCAAAGAAGCAAACUGCUGUGCCGCAAGUACCAGAAAAAGAAGUUAUUCAACAGUUGGAAGUCAUUCCUGGCCACACAACAGAAGAAGCUUCCCUUCACAUAAUACCCACAAAAAGUAAAGCAACAACCGAACAGUUACCAUAUGAAAGUAUCAUUCAAAGUGAGACAUCCUUGCAAGAAAUGGAGGGGAUUUUCAAGCCCACACUUAAGCCAGAUAUAUCAAGUGCAGAGCUGAAAUUCCAAGAGGGGCAAAGCGUCAUGGUUACAGAAGUGAUAGUGCAAGAUAAAGAAGGUACAAAGGUUGUCACAAAAACUGUGAAAGAAGAGAUUGCUCACAAAGAUAUUGUAGAACAAGAGGCAGCUUUCAUGUCUGAAGUGCAUCCAGAGAAUGGAAUAGGUAGACUAGAUGUAGAUAUUCCCACCCCAAUUGUGGCAAAAGAGUCUGCUCCCCAGGCACAACACAGCAUAAUGGUCACCGAACUACAGAGCACUGGUGAGGUUGAAGCUAAGCUGCCAGACCUCAUCAAACCAUCACCAAAGAGAGUCAGCAUCUCCUUUGAAGAGGGAACCAAUGUCAUUGUAACAGAAGUGCAGCCAGAAGACAGAGAGGAGAGCCUGGACGACAAUACAUCAGCCUCUCAGACACGUCACAUCACUGCCACACAAGUGACCGACCAUAUGCCUGAGGUAAAAGUAAUUGAAACUACAACUGAGUUCCUUCAAGGUGAGUACACUAUAAAGAGUGCGGACAGAGAAUCUGCUGAUGAAGACACCGGGGAUGUAGACACAGUCCACAAACUUGAGACACCAGUUAUAGAGCUGAAAAGCUUACCAGACCAUGACAAGGAACAGGGCACUACUGAUGAAAUUGAAGUUAAGGAAAAGAUGGUGAAACCCAUGAUUAGAAAGAAGACGACGUUCCCAAUUGAGGACAGUAAACCUGCAACGGAAGACGACACAAGGGAAGAAACUGUGCCAAUAUUGGAAGAACUUGAGGAGGAAAAGGCAGAUAAGCAUACUGAGGAUGACAGGGAGGUUGAGAAGGUUGUUGAAGGAGCGAUGGAAGACACAAGAAAAGAGAAGAAAAUGAAACGUAUUAUCAAGAGGAAGAAGAUUACUCUGGUAGAAGGGGAGAAACCGUUAGGAGAGGAUAUAAAAGAGGAAACUGCACCACUACAUGAGAAGCCAGAAGAAGAGAAAGAAAAUGAAAUCUUGGAGAGCACCAUGAUGGUUGAGAAAGCUGAGGACAGAGAGAUGGAAGAAACAACUGAUGAGAAGAAAGUGAAACGUAUAGUGAGAAGAAAGAAGGCUACACCAAAUGAAGAGGAGAAACCAUCAACAGAAGGUGCAGAGGAGGAAACUGUGACAUUGUUUCAAAAGCCUAAAGAGGAGGAGAAGCCAGAUAUUGGUGAGGGAGAGAAGGAAGGAAUUACAGAAGACAUCAAACUGAAACACAUUAUCAGGAAGAAAAAAACUAAGCCAGCUAAAGAGAAGAAACUUUCUGAGGAACCUGUAGCACCAUGUGAUAAACCAGAAGAUGAGGAGCUAUAUGAAACUCCUGAAGGGGUCAUAACAGUUGAAAAAGCUGAGGAGGAAGAGACAGAAGAAACAUCGAAAGAGAAGAAAGUGAAACGCAUACUCAGAAGGAAAAAGAUUACACCAACUGAAGAGGAGAAACCUUCAGUGGAAGGUAUAAAGCAGGAAACUGCGUCACUGACAGAAAAGCCCAAAGAGGAGUCAGAAAUUUCUGAAGGCGAGGAGGAAGAAUUGACUGACCAGACAAAAAAGAAACGCAUUAUCAGGAAGAAAAAGACUAUGGUGCUUGAGAAGGAGAAACCUUCAGAUGAGAGUAAACAAGAAGAACCAUUGCCAGUACUGGAGAAGCCAGAGGAGCAAAAGGCAGAGGAAAUUCCUGAAACAGUCAAGGAGGCUGAAGAUGUGGAACAAGUGGAAGCAACAAAAGAAAAGAAGGUUAAGCGCAUAGUCAGGAAAAAGAAGGUGGUACCAGAAGAGGCAGAAAAACCUGUGGAGGAAGAAAUGAUUGAAGAUACCUUGCCAUUACCAGAGAAACCUGCUGAAGGAAAGGCAGAUACAGAAGAGCAAACUGACAGUGUGCCAGUAGCUAAAGAUGAGGUUCCUGCUGAAACUGUUGAUGAAACUGAACACAAAAAAGUGAAACGAAUAGUGAAAAAGAAAAAGAAAACUGUUCCAGAAGAAGAAAAGCCAAGUGGUGUGCAGGAAGAAGAAACUAUUAUGCCAUCCUUGGAAAAAUCUGAGGAAGAAGUGCCUGAAGAAAAGCCUGAUGUUGAAGAGGAUACUACAACAGUACCUGAGGACUCUAAGGGAAGGAGGGUAAAGAGAAUUGUAUCCAAAACAAAGAAAGGCAUUCCGAAGGAAGAGGAGAAACCAACAGAAGACGAGGCAGAAGAGGAUAUAGCUCCUAGAAAACCAACAGAAGACAAAUCUGUCAAGAAGAAGAAAGUCACUGGACUACAAAUGAUGAAAAUUGAGAGGAAAGAAAUUAAAGCUACUCAGCUGAAGGUGAUUGAUGUCAAAGAAGACAUUCCCCUAUUUGCACAGAUAAAAUUAAAGAAAGUGACACCUGUCAAGAAACGAGAAAUAAAGGGUGUGACAAUUCCCAAAGUCUUGCUUAAGAGUAACAUUAAAUUUAUCGAUUAUCCACCAGCUGAACAGAAGCCAAUCAUAACAAUUCUUGAGGUGCACUUUGACAAGGGUAUUCUGUCACGGAACUAUCAGGAAGCACUGAAAGUCCAGAAGAGAAAAGUAAAAAAAGUACGCAUCAAGGAUAAGGAAGCAACUGAGUUGGAGGAACCUGAGAAGUUCCCUGCAGAUGACACAGAAAAACCGGAACCUACAGAGAAAGUUGAUCAGCCGACAUGGCAGAGCUUGCCAAAGAAACCUACACCUGAACAACAAGAAACAAAGAAGCUUGAUAUUGGGAAAGGAAAAGUUCCAGAGCAGGAAACUCCUGUCCCAGAGGACAUCAAGUUGAAAAAGAUUCCUGAAAAACCAACACCUGGUGAAGAGGAGCAGAAGAUCAAGCCAUCGAAAAAAGAUGGGGAUGAACAAAAGAUGAAGAAGCCUAAGGAAUCUGAGAAAGAACCAUUGGCUCCUUUUGAGGGGAAGGACAUAGAAAAGCAUGAUACAGACUUAGAGCAAUAUGAGAGGAAGAGCCCAGAGAAAUCAGAUGAUGAGACUUCCAAACCUGAGGUGAAAAAGAGACCUAAGGCAAAGAAACCAAAACCAGAGCCAGAGACCAUUCAGAUUCCACUGGAGAAGGGAAUUCCUAAGAAACCGCAGCCAGAAGAUGACAAGGAGAUCAAGCUAAGGAAGAAAAUGGGUGAACCCACCCCAGAUGAACCCGAGGUGAUUACUCUCAAACCAUUCAGAAAAGAGAAACCAGAAGAUAAAUCAGAGCAGCCAGAGAAAGAGGAAGGGAAGCCCAAAGGAGUAGACAGACUCACAGAGGAGGAAGAGGUAGAGAAGGACCAACUGCCAGAGGGAAAAAGGAAGAAGAAAAUAGUGAAGAAGGUUCGGAAACCAGAGGCACCACAGGAAGAAGCAGAGAAGCCUGUAUCAGAUGUUCCUGAGGCUAAGACACAGGAAAUAGUUUCCCCCAAAGAAGACCAGCCUAGUGCAGUGACAGUUCCUGAAUCAGUGAGUGAGCCUUUAACAGCAGUAGACGAACAACCAAAUGUUUCUGAGGAAGAGAAGCCUGGCAAAUUGGCUGCAGAUGAAAUGCGAGAACAAGAAGUAGAAAAGGACCAACUGCCAGAGGGAAAAAGGAAGAAGAAAAUAUUGAAAAAGGUUCGGAAACCGGAGGCACCACAGGAACAAGCGGAGAAGCCUUCACCAGAUGUUCCUGAGGCUGAGACACAGGAAAUAGUUUCCCCCAAACAGGAGCAGCCUAGUGCAGUGACAGUUCCUGAAUCAGUAAGUGAGCCUUUAACUGCAGUAGACGAACAACCAAAGGUUUCUGAAAAAGAGAAGCCUGACAAAGUGGCUGCAGAUGACGUGCCAGAACAAAAGGUUGUCAGAAAGAAAGUGAAGGUACAGAAGGUGAAGCCAGAGAAAGAAGUGAAACCAGAAGAAGAGGUUCAAGAAGAAAAGAAAGAAGAGGUGGAAAAGCUGGAGGUUGUGGUGAAAGAGGUACCUGAGGAUGAGAAGGAACAUGGUACUACUGAAGAAAUGGAAGUUAAAGAGAAAAAGGUGAAACACAUAAUCAGAAAGAAGAAGACAACUCCAAGUGAAGAAGAGAAACCUUCAGAUGAGAGUAAAGGAGAAGAAUCAUUACCAGUAGUGGAGAAGCCAGAGGAGCAAAAGACAGAGGAAAUUCCAGAAACAGUCAAGGAGGCUGAAGAUGUGGAACAAGUUGAAGCAACAAAAGAAAAGAAGGUUAAGCGCAUAGUCAGGAAAAAGAAGGUUGUACCAGAAGAGGCAGAAAAACCUGUGGAGGAAGAAAUGAUUGAAGAUACCUUGCCAUUACCAGAGAAACCUGCUGAAGGAAAGGCAGAUACAGAAGAGAAAACUGACAGUGUGCCGGUAGCUAAAGAUGAGGUUCCUGAAACUGUUGGUGAAACUGAACACAAAAAAGUGAAACGAAUAGUGAAAAAGAAAAAGAAAACUGUUCCAGAAGAAGAUGAAAAGCCAGUUGGUGUGGAGAAAGAGGAAACUAUUAUGCCAUCUUUGGAAAAAUCUGAGGAAGAACUGCCCGAAGAAAAGCCUGAUGUUGAAGAGGAUACUACAACAGUACCUGAGGACUCUAAGGGAAGGAGGGUAAAGCGAAUUGUGUCCAAAACAAAGAAAGGCAUUCAGAAGGAAGAGGAGAAACCAACAGAAGGCAAGGUAGAAGAGGAUGUAGCUCCUAGAAAACCAACAGAUGACAAACCUGUCAAGAAGAAGAAAGUCACUGGACUACAAAUGAUGAAAAUUGAGAAGAAAGAAAUUAAAGCUACUCAGCUGAAGGUGAUUGAUGUCAAAGAAGACAUUCCCCUAUUUGCACAGAUAAAAUUAAAGAAAGUGACACCUGUCAAGAAACGAGAAAUAAAGGGUGUGACAAUUCCCAAAGUCUUGCUUAAGAGUAACAUUAAGUUCAUUGAUUAUCCACCAGCUGAACAGAAGCCAGUCAUAACAAUUCUUGAGGUGCACUUUGACAAGGGUAUUCUAUCACGGAACUAUCAGGAAGCUCUGAAAGUGCAAAAGAGGAAAGUAAAAAAGGUACGAAUCAAGGAUAAGGAAGCAACUGAGUUGGAGGAACCUGAGAAGUUCCCUGCAGAUGACACAGAAAAACCAGAACCUACAGAGAAAGUUGAUCAGCCAGCAUGGCAGAGCUUGCCAAAGAAACCUGCACCUGAGCAACAAGAAACACAGAAGCUUGAUAUUGGGAAAGGAAAAGUUCCAGAGCAGGAAACUCCUGUCCCAGAGGACAUCAAGUUGAAAAAGAUUCCUGAAAAACCAACACCUGGUGAAGAGGAGCAGAAGAUUAAGCCAUCGAAAAAAGAUGGGGAUGAACCACAGAUGAAGAAGCCUAAGGAAUCUGAGAAAGAACCAUUGGCGCCUUUUGAGGGGAAGGACAUAGAAAAGCAUGAUACAGACUUAGAGAAAUAUGAGAGGGAGAGCCCGGAGAAAUCAGAUGAAGAGACUUCCAAACCUGAGGUGAAAAAGAGACCUAAGGCAAAGAAACCAAAACCAGAGCCAGAGACCAUUCAGAUUCCACUGGAGAAGGGAAUUCCUAAGAAACCGCAGCCAGAAGAUGACAAGGAGAUCAAGCUAAGGAAGAAAAUGGGUGAACCCACCCCAGAUGAACCCGAGGUGAUUACUCUCAAACCUUUCAGAAAAGAGAAACCAGAAGAUAAAUCAGAGCAGCCAGAGAAAGAGGAAGGGAAACCCAAAGGAAGAGACAGACUCACAGAGGAGGAAGAGGUAGAGAAGGACCAACUGCCAGAGGGAAAAAGGAAGAAGAAAAUAGUGAAGAAGGUUCGGAAACCAGAGGCACCACAGGAAGAAGCAGAGAAGCCUGUAUCAGAUGUUCCUGAGGCUGAGACGCAGGAAAUAGUUUCCCCCAAAGAAGACCAGCCUAGUGCAGUGACAGUUCCUGAAUCAGUGAGUGAGCCCUUAACAGCAGUAGACGAACAACCAAAGGUUUCUGAAGAAGAGAAGCCUGACAAAGUGGCUGCAGAUGACGUGCCAGAACAAAAGGUUGUCAGAAAGAAAGUGAAGGUACAGAAGGUGAAGCCAGAGAAAGAAGUGAAACCAGAAGAAGAGGUUCAAGAAGAAAAGAAAGAAGAGGUGGAAAAGCUGGAGGUCAUGGUGAAAGAGGUACCUGAGGAUGAGAAGGAACAUGUUACUACUGAAGAAAUGGAAGUUAAAGAGAAAAAGGUGAAACACAUAAUCAGAAAGAAGAAGACAACUCCAAGUGAAGAAGAGAAACCUUCAGAUGAGAGUAAAGGAGAAGAAUCAUUACCAGUACUGGAGAAGCCAGAGGAGCAAAAGACAGAGGAAAUUCCAGAAACAGUCAAGGAGGCUGAAGAUGUGGAACAAGUUGAAGCAACAAAAGAAAAGAAGGUUAAGCGCAUAGUCAGGAAAAAGAAGGUUGUACCAGAAGAGGCAGAAAAACCUAUGGAGGAAGAAAUGAUUGAAGAUACCUUGCCAUUACCAGAGAAACCUGCUGAAGGAAAGGCAGAUACAGAAGAGAAAACUGACAGUGUGCCAGUAGCUAAAGAUGAGGUUCCUGCUGAAACUGUUGAUGAAACUGAACACAAAAAAGUGAAACGAAUAGUGAAAAAGAAAAAGAAAACUGUUCCAGAAGAAGAAAAGCCAAGUGGUGUGCAGGAAGAAGAAACUAUUAUGCCAUCCUUGGAAAAAUCUGAGGAAGAAGUGCCUGAAGAAAAGCCUGAUGUUGAAGAGGAUACUACAACAGUACCUGCGGACUCUAAGGGAAGGAGGGUAAAGAGAAUUGUGUCCAAAUCAAAGAAAGGCAUUCCGAAGGAAGAGGAGAAACCAACAGAAGACAAGGCAGAAGAGGAUAUAGCUCCUAGAAAACCAACAGAAGACAAACCUGUCAAGAAGAAGAAAGUCACUGGACUACAAAUGAUGAAAAUUGAGAGGAAAGAAAUUAAAGCUACUCAGCUGAAAGUGAUUGAUGUCAAAGAAGACAUUCCCCUAUUUGCACAGAUAAAAUUAAAGAAAGUGACACCUGUCAAGAAACGAGAAAUAAAGGGUGUGACAAUUCCCAAAGUCUUGCUUAAGAGUAACAUUAAGUUCAUUGACUAUCCACCAGCUGAACAGAAGCCAGUCAUAACAAUUCUUGAGGUGUACUUUGACAAAGGUAUUCUGUCACGGAACUACCAGGAAGCUCUGAAAGUGCAAAAGAGGAAAGUAAAAAAGGUACGAAUCAAGGAUAAGGAAGCAACUGAGUUGGAGGAACCUGAGAAGUUCCCUGCAGAUGACACAGAAAAACCAGAACCUACAGAGAAAGUUGAUCAGCCGACAUGGCAGAGCUUGCCAAAGAAACCUGCAGCUGAGCAACAAGAAACACAGAAGCUUGAUAUUGGGAAAGGAAAAGUUCCAGAGCAGGAAACUCCUGUCCCAGAGGACAUCAAGUUGAAAAAGAUUCCUGAAAAACCAACACCUGGUGAAGAGGAGCAGAAGAUCAAGCCAUCGAAAAAAGAUGGGGAUGAACAAAAGAUAAAGAAGCCUAAGGAAUCUGAGAAAGAACCAUUGGCGCCUUUUGAGGGGAAGGACAUAGAAAAGCAUGAUACAGACUUAGAGCAAUAUGAGAGGGAGAGCCCAGAGAAAUCAGAUGAAGGGGCUUCCAAACCUGAGGUGAAAAAGAGACCUAAGGCAAAGAAACCAAAACCAGAGCCAGAGACCAUUCAGAUUCCACUGGAGAAGGGAAUUCCUAAGAAACCGCAGCCAGAAGAUGACAAGGAGAUCAAGCUAAGGAAGAAAAUGGGUGAACCCACCCCAGAUGAACCCGAGGUGAUUACUCUCAAACCAUUCAGAAAAGAGAAACCAGAAGAUAAAUCAGAGCAGCCAGAGAAAGAGGAAGGGAAGCCCAAAGGAGUAGACAGACCCACAGAGGAGGAAGAGGUAGAGAAGGACCAACUGCCAGAGGGAAAAAGGAAGAAGAAAAUAGUGAAGAAGGUUCGGAAACCAGUGGCACCACAGGAAGAAGCAGAGAAGUCUGUAUCAGAUGUUCCUGAGGCUGAGACACAGGAAAUAGUUUCCCCCAAAGAAGACCAGCCUAGUGCAGUGACAGUUCCUGAAUCAGUGAGUGAGCCUUUAACAGCAGUAGACGAACAACCAAAGGUUUCUGAAGAAGAGAAGCCCGACAAAGUGGUGGCAGAUGAAGUGCCAGAACAAGAAGUAGAAAAGGACCAACUGCCAGAGGGAAAAAGGAAGAAGAAAAUAUUGAAAAAGGUUCGGAAACCGGAGGCACCACAGGAACAAGCGGAGAAGCCUUCACCAGAUGUUCCUGAGGCUGAGACACAGGAAAUAGUUUCCCCCAAAGAAGACCAGCCUAGUGCAGUGACAGUUCCUGAAUCAGUGAGUGAACCUUUAACUGCAGUAGAUGAGCAACCAAAGGUUUCUGAGGAAGAGAAGCCUGACAAAGUGGCUGCAGAUGACGUGCCGGAACAAAAGGUUGUCAGAAAGAAAGUGAAGGUACAGAAGGUGAAGCCAGAGAAAGAAGUGAAACCAGAAGAAGAGGUUCAAGAAGAAAAGAAAGAAGAGGUGGAAAAGCUGGAGGUUGUGGUGAAAGAGGUACCUGAGGAUGAGAAGGAACAUGUUACUACUGAAGAAAUGGAAGUUAAAGAGAAAAAGGUGAAACACAUAAUCAGAAAGAAGAAGACAGCUUCAAGUGAAGAAGAGAAACCUUCAGAUGAGAGUAAAGGAGAAGAAUCAUUACCAGUACUGGAGAAGCCAGAGGAGCAAAAGGCAGAGGAAAUUCCUGAAACAGUCAAGGAGGCUGAAGAUGUGGAACAAGUGGAAGCAACAAAAGAAAAGAAAGUGAAACGAAUUGUCAAGAAGAAGAAAUUGGUUCCAGAGGAGGUUGAAAAGUCAUUGCAGGAAGAAACAGUUAAAGACAAUUUUCCUGCACCUGAGGAAUCAAGAUUAGCAGAAGAUCAGAAAGGCCAACCAGAAGACUCACAUCUACAUUUUGCAAUUGUCGAAUCGUCUGUUGUGGGGAAAGUGACUGACAUUGUUACUCCAUCAUACGAGACAGGUAAAUCACAAGUAACUAUGGCACUUAAUGAUUCUGUUUCUGUGAGUGAUACCAUGUCCUUAGAGUUAACUGAACAACGAGUAGCAGAUAAGAAACCAUUACCGCAGGAGGCUUUAGUAAGUAUAGGAGAAAAAGAUACUGUAUCUAUACAGGAACCUUAUGUUGAGGUAGUUCCUGCACAUUUGCCUGAGUCACCUCAGGUUUUAAAGGAAGAAGCGACACUUAAGGUAAUGAGCCAAAAAUCUGUGGCUAUAUUGGAAAUUCCUACACAUGAAACAGAGGAACCCCUCGUAUCCGGUAUACCUGAAGUAUUGCAUGCCACACCAUCAUUUCUACAACAAGGACCUUUAACUGUAACUGAAACUGGCACAUUUGAAACACAUACAGACUUUGAACAUGAGAAACAAUUAACUGAAACAGCCCAGACAACCAUCUUACCACAGGAAACACUUUCUGUAACACUUCCUGAACUGCAACACAAGGAAGAUAUUUUCAUGUCACCUGCAGUACCUGACACUGAACAUGCUAUCAGAAACAUUCCAUUGUCUGACUCUGUAACUGUAAAUGAAAUAACAUCUUUAGAAAUACCAUCAGAAUUGAGGUAUACAGUGACACAGGACAAAGAAGCAGUUACAGCACUGCUACCCACAACAGAAUCUGUGUUUGUGACAGAGAUACAACCAACUCAGACAGUGGCUGUUGAUACAAGGGUACAGAAAGUGCCAAAACCUGAAUCAGCUCAAAGAAAACUUUCAACACAGGAUACAUUACAAAUACAAGAAGUUACCACGGAACAGGUUGUUACCACAGAGCCACCUCAAGAAACACAGUAUUUGACACAGGUGCCGAAAGUCGUCCAGAAACGACAGGAGGCACUUAUAAUUACAGAAGUAAUCAAAAACACAAAGGAGGAAGAACUUGCUAACUUCACAGUAUCACAAGAACAACCUACAGUAACAGUUUCUGAAAGUGAAAGUGUGCAAAUUACUGAUAUGCAAACUGCACUAUUUACAGGUGACAUUACUGUACCAGCUCUGCCUAGGAUGGAACAGGUAAGCCCAAUAAUACCAGUGGAAAGACAGCUUCUUUUAGUGGAACAUUCACAACCUGGAAUCUUAGAAGAGGCACUGCCUGAGGAGAAAAUCACAACAGUGCAAGCUAAACUUGUGGAAAUUAGUGAUCAUAAGAAGGCAGAUGUUUCAAUAUCUGAAGUUAAAGAAGCUCCUACAUUACCAAGGAGGGAAGUUGAAAUUCAUGCACCAGAAAACGUUGAGGCUAUUCCUGAAGAAGAGAAACCAACACCUGAACAUGCAGAAGAAAUUUCACAAGAGUAUGCAGUCACUGAGAAGCCAUUGGUGUCUUUUGCUGAUGAAGAUGUCAAGAAGCAACCAACAACAAGAAAAGUCUUGAAGAAGAAAAGAGCUCCUGAGAAGCCAAAGUACGCUGAUGAAAGUGUGACUGAAGAAAUGACAACUGAAGUGCUGACUCAGGAAAAGCCUGACACUCUAAAACCUGAGGAAGUAAAAGAUGUGCAUGAAGGAAUUGAGGUCACUGAAGUAGUAGAUACAGUAAGUACAGGUGACGUUAGUCCAUUGGAUGUUGAAAAAGAGAAAGCAGAAGCUGUUGAGGGAACUGAAGACUCUGUAAGUAUUGUUGAGACACCAGUUAAGAAAUUAAUUACUAAGAAGAAGAAGAUCAAGCCAGUUUCAAAGAUUCCAGAAGAAAAAGUGCCAGAAGAAGAAGAAAAAGUGGUGGAAAUCCCACAGGAAGAGAAGCCUGUGCCUAAAAAACCAAAGGAAAAGAAACAUCUUCCUGAAAAAGUAGAAGUGUUGAAACUCGAAAGGAAAGAAGUUAAACCUACCAAACUGAAGAUAACUGAUGUGAUGCCAAAAGAGGAAGUUCCUCUUUUCACGCAGGUGAAGCUGAGGAAAGCAAGUGUUCAAAAGAGGGAGAUUAAGGCUGUAGAAGUCCCAAAAGUAUUAUUGAAGAGCAAUAUAAAGAUAAUAGACUACCCUCCAAAGGAAAAUACCCCUCUUAUAACAAUAAUAAAUGCAAGGUGUGACAAGGGGAUACUAUCAAGAAAUACACAAGAAGCUCUGAAAGUCCUCAAGAGAAAAGUGAAGAAAGUAAAGUUGCCCGGCAGAGAAAAACCAGACACAGAAGAAUUAGAGUCUUUUGAUGUUGAUCAGAAAGACAGUACUGAUAUUCCUGUGGAAGAUGAGAAGAGUACAUGGGAAAGACUCCCCAAGGCUGCAGAUACUGAGAAACCAGAAGAACCAAAGCUGGUUGUGGGAAAAGGAAAAAUCCCAGAAACAAAAGAACCAGAACAAGAAGAAAUAAAGCUUAAGAAAGUUCCUGAGAAGCCACUAGUGGAAGAGAUAACUGAAAUGAAGAAGCCUAAGAAGGAUGAGACUGAUGAAAAGGAUACAAAGAGCACACCAAAAGAGAAGGAAAUUACUUUAGCUCCCUUUAAACCUAGUGACAUAGAAGGAACUGACAUAGAUCUGGAAAAGUAUGUAAAAGAAGAGCCAGAAAAGAAAGAGAGAAGGACUCCUGAAAAGCAAAAAGUUAAAAAGCCCAAAAAAGACUCUGCAAAACCUGAACCAGAGACAGUAAAAAUACCAUUAGAAAAACAGCCUCCUAAGAAACCUUACCCUGAAGAGGAGAAGGAUAUCAAACUGAAAAAGAAGGUGGGAGAGCCUGAACCAGAGGAGCCAGAUAGUAUUACCUUGAAACCUUUUGUAAAAGAGAAACCAGAAGAAGAUUCUGAAAUUGCUAAGAAGCACAGCCUUAAACUUGAUGACAAAGAGAAACCUUAUGAAGAAGAAGAGAUAUUACCUACUGAACAUGUAAAACCUGAAUCACCAGAGAGGACAAUAAAGAAAACAAAGGUAAAGAAAACAAAACCACCUAAGCGUGUGGAAGAUGUUCCGAAAGAUGAAUCCAAAGAAGCACCUCAGCAGGAUGAACCAAUACUGGAUGAGAAACCAAAAGAAACCAAAGAAGUACCAGAAGAAGAAUUCGUGAUGAAGAUAAAACCCAAAGAACCAGAAAGGGAGGAUAUUGAGAAGGUAAUAGUCGAGAAAGAGGAGCCAGAGAAACCUGAGGUUGAAGAAAUUAAAGAAGUGACAAUAAAGAAGAAGAAACCAAAGAAACCUUCUGUAGAAGAAGUGAGAGAGGAAGUCACUCUAAAGAAGGAGCUACCACUGGAGCCAAAAGAGGAGGAAGUCACAGAGGAGGUAAUUGUAAAGGAAAAGAAGCCUAAAGAGGUGAAAGCAGAAGAGGUUCCUGAGGAAGUGACAAUUGAAAAGAGGGAACCAGAGAAACCCAAGGAUGAGGUAAGUGAAGAAAUAACAAUAAAGAAGAAGAAACCAAGGAAACCUUCUGUAGAAGAAGUGAGAGAGGAAGUCACACUAAAGAAGGUGAUUCCGGUGGAGCCAAAAGAGGAGGAGGAAGUCACAGAGGAGGUAGUUAUAAAGAAGAAGAAGCCUAAAGAGGUGAAAGUAGAAGAGGUUCCUGAGAAAGUCAUAAUUGAAAAGAAGGAACCAGAGAAACCCAAGGAAGAGGUAAGUGAAGAAGUGACAGUGAAGAAGAAGAAACCAAGGAAACCUUCUGUAGAAGAAGUUGCUGAAGAAGUCACUCUAAAGAAGGUGGUACCAGUUGAGCCAAAAGAGGAGGAGGAAGUCACAGAGGAAGUAGUUGUAAAGAAAAAGAAACCUAAGGAGGUCAAAAUAGAAGAAGUUACUGAGGAAGUGAAAAUUGAAAAGAAGGAACCAGAGAAACCCAAGGAAGAGGUAAGUGAAGAAAUAACAAUAAAGAAGAAGAAACCAAGGAAACCUUCUGUAGAAGAAGUGAGAGAGGAAGUCACACUAAAGAAGGUGAUUCUGGUGGAGCCAAAAGAGGAGGAGGAAGUCACAGAGGAGGUAGUUAUAAAGAAAAAGAAGCCUAAAGAGGUGAAAGUAGAAGAGGUUCCUGAGAAAGUCAUAAUUGAAAAGAAGGAACCAGAGAAACCCAAGGAAGAGGUAAGUGAAGAAGUGACAGUGAAGAAGAAGAAACCAAGGAAACCUUCUGUAGAAGAAGUUGCUGAAGAAGUCACUCUACAGAAGGUGGUACCAGUUGAGCCAAAAGAGGAGGAGGAAGUCACAGAGGAAGUAGUUGUAAAGAAAAAGAAACCUAAGGAGGUCAAAAUAGAAGAAGUUACUGAGGAAGUGAAAAUUGAAAAGAAGGAACCAGAGAAACCCAAGGAAGAGGUAAGUGAAGAAAUAACAAUAAAGAAGAAGAAACCAAGGAAACCUUCUGUAGAAGAAGUGACUGAGGAAGUCACUCUCAAGAAGGUGGUACCAAUGGAGCCAAAGGAGGACGAGGAAGUCACGGAACAGGUAGUGAUAAAGAAAAAGAAGCCCAAGGAGGUGAAAGUAGAAGAGGUGACUGAGGAAGUGAAAAUUAGAAAGAAGGAACCAGAGAAACCCAAGGAUGAUGUAAGUGAAGAAAUAACAAUAAAGAAGAAGAAACCAAGGAAACCUUCUGUAGAAGAAGUUUCUGAAGAAGUCACUCUAAAGAAGAUGGUACCAGUGGAGCCAAAACAAGAAGAGGAAGUCACAGAAGAGGUAGUGAUAAAGAAAAAGAAGCCUAAGGAGGUGAAAGUAGAAGAGGUGACUGAGGAAGUGAAAAUUGAAAAGAAGGAACCAGAGAAACCCAAGGAAGAGGUAAGUGAAGAAAUAACAAUAAAGAAGAAGAAACCAAGGAAACCUUCUGUAGAAGAAGUUUCUGAAGAAGUCACUCUAAAGAAGAUGGUACCAGUGGAGCCAAAACAAGAAGAGGAAGUCACAGAAGAGGUAGUUAUAAAGAAAAAGAAGCCUAAGGAGGUGGAAGUGGAAGAGGUUUCUGAGGAAGUGACAAUUAAAAGGAAGGAACCAGAAAAACCCAAGGAUGAUGUAAGUGAAGAAGUGACAAUAAAGAAGAAGAAACCAAGGAAACCUUCUGUAGAAGUAGUGAGUGAGGAAGUCACUCUAAAGAAGAUGGUACCGGUGGAGCCAAAAGAAGAAGGGGAAGUCACAGAAGAGGUAGUUAUAAAGAAAAAGAAGCCUAAAGAGGUGAAAGUGGAAGAGGUUUCUGAGGAAGUGACAAUUAAAAGGAAGGAACCAGAAAAACCCAAGGAUGAUGUAAGUGAAGAAGUAACAAUAAAGAAGAAGAAACCAAGGAAACCUUCUGUAGAAGAAGUGAGUGAGGAAGUCACUAUAAAGAAGAUGGUACCGGUGGAGCCAAAAGAAGAAGGGGAAGACACAGAAGAGGUAGUUAUAAAGAAAAAGAAGCCUAAAGAGGUGAAAGUGGAAGAGGUUUCUGAGGAAGUGACAAUUAAAAGGAAGGAACCAGAAAAACCCAAGGAUGAUGUAAGUGAAGAAGUAACAAUAAAGAAGAAGAAACCAAGGAAACCUUCUGUAGAAGAAGUGAGUGAGAAACUCACCAUAAAGAAGGUAGUGGAAAAGAAAGCUGCAGAACCACAUGAUGAGGAAGUAGCAGAAGAAAUAACAAUUAAGAAGUUGGCACCAAAGACACCUGAGGACAGCGUGGCAGAAUUCACUGUUAAGAAGAAGGCUCCACAGAGGAAGUUGUCAAUAGAGGAGUUAGGUGAGGAAGAAAUCACUAUAAAACCAAUGCGGCCAAGACAACCAUCAUUGCCUGAAGUAACUGAAGUUACUGAUGUUGAAACAGUUACAAUUCAGCCUAGAAUCACUAAAACAAAAGAAGAAAUAGAACAAGAAUUCAAGAUUCAGCUACAUACUUAUGAAGAAGAGGAUAUCUCAAUGACUAGUAAAGUCAGGUUAAAGAAACAACGACGUCCUACCUAUGCAGAAGAAGCUGGUGAGCAAACUAUUCGAAUUGUGAAAGAGAUAGAAGAUCAGAAGUCACCUGAAAUUAUAGAAGUUUUAGAGUCUCCUGAAGCUGAAGGUGUCAGUUUUGAUUUGAAGCGCAAGCCAAGUUAUAGAGUUCAGGAAGCAGAAGAAGAGGAGACAGUGAUACUAACAAAACCACAUAGGGAGAGAGAAGACAUUGAAGAAAGUUUUCAGAUUUCCUUACGCAAGAAAGAUGAUUCUCGCAAAAUGUCAUACUCCAUUGAAAAUGUUGAAGAAGAGUUCAGCAUUGGUUUUCAAAAGAAGCAGCCUACUCCAGCAGGAACAUCCUUUGAAGAAGAGUCCUUGGAGCUGAGGCUGAAGCCUAAGAAGAGGCCUACAAGGAUUUCACAGGAAGAGGAUUUCACUCUGAGUAUAGUAAAGGAAACAGAAGUCUUCCAAGAAGGAGUAGAAGAGAUAUUAGUUACAGAGCUUCAAGAAGGGGAUGUGUUAUACUCAGUCAGUGCCUAUGAAGCAGAAAAUGAAGAUGCAAUGAAUCUUGUUGAGGGUGAGAAGGUUUACAUCAUAGAUAUGAAUAACCCAGACUGGUGGUUUGUUAAAAAACAUCUCACAGAAGAGAAAGGAUGGGUUCCAGCUCAACUUCUAAUGGAUGAAAUUAGGUACACAACAUUUGUUCAGAAAGUAAUCCAGCAAAAAAUUGACCAGCUUCCUGUUUUUGAAAAACCUGUACAUACAGACAAAGCUACCGCACCAAGAUUUGUUGAGAAGCUUCAACCUAAGCAUGUUCCUGAUGGAACAACAGUUGAAUUUCGGUGUCAGAUUUCUGGUAGCCCUCGUCCACAGGUUACAUGGUUUAAGCAGACAGCCAUUCUGUUGCCUUCUCAUGACUUCCAGAUGUUCUACAGUGAAGAUAAUGUGGCAACGCUUGUCAUAAAAGAAAUUUUCCCAGAAGAUGCUGGCACGUAUACAUGUGUUGCAAAGAAUGCAGCAGGAUUUGCAUCUUCUUCAACAGAGCUUGUUGUAGAGGGACCAUUGUCAGACCAUGGGUCAGAUGUUGCUGUACUAUCCAGGAAAAGCCUCUCAAGGGAAUCGUCUCUAGCAGACAUCCUGGAAGGAAUUCCUCCCAUGUUUACGCACAAACCAGUGCCACUGUCUGCACCAGAGGGUUCUGAUGUGAAACUGGACUGUCAAUUAGUGGCAGUCCCUGAACCAGUUAUUACAUGGUACUUCAACAAAAAGGAAGUUGAUAAAACUGAAAAUGUUUCUGUUUCUGUUGAUUCUGAUGGUCAUAUGUACUUUAGCAAAGUUUCCAUUAAAAAAGUAAAGAAAUCGCAGGAAGGUGUAUAUGAAGUCAUUGCCAGAAACACCGAAGGAGAAACGUCUAUGCCCAUAAUCCUAAAGGUAAAAACAUCAAAGAAGGAACCACCAACAGUCCUGGAACCACUGAAACCAACGGUUGUUCAUACUGGUGAUCCAGUAGUAUUACAUGCAGUCAUAACAGGCAACCCAGCACCAAAAGUCACGUGGCUCAAAGAUGGUCUUCCAGCUGACGACCUGCCCGUUUCUCAUGAUGGAGACACUCACAGCAUUUUCUUGAAAGAUGCUGGUGAGGGAGACGCAGGGGUCUACACAGUAAGAGCAGAGAACCCCGUUGGUAGUGUAGAAAGUACAGCAUCUCUCGUAGUUGAAGCACCUGAUGAGAACAUGGAGCCACCACUUUUUACGGAAAGAUUUGAGGAAGUAAAAGUCCCUGAGAAAGGUACAUUACGUCUGGUAGCCAAGGUGACAGGGAAUCCUGUUCCAGAGAUUACGUGGCUCAGGAACAAUAGACCACUGAAACCAUCACCAAACCUAACUGUGUCAUUUGAUGGGACCACAUCUUCUUUGGAAAUUCAGAAUGUGGAUUCAGAAGUUGAUGCUGGAAACUACAAAUGUGUAGCCAAAAAUCGUGCAGGAAUCACAUCUCAUGGAGCAAGAGUUUCAGUCGAUGUUCCGGAAGUCACAUUUGUAAGGAAACUGCAGGAAAUUACUGAAGUUGAGGAACGAGAAUCUCUGGUACUGGAAUGUGAAACUUCACACACAGUAUCGACACACUGGUUCCAUGAGAAUCAUGAGCUCAGUGGAAUGGACCACCGAGUGGUGGUGCAAGAGGGCCGUAUUCAUCGUUUGCUUAUAAAGAACUGCACAUCGCGAGAUGCUGGCCUGUACCAGUGUCGGGUGAGGGAUCAAGUGACGGAGGGCCACGUUACAGUCCACGACAAAAAACCAGAGUUUCUGCGGAAGUUACAAGAUUUCGAAGUGAAAGAAAGGGAAAGUGCUAUAUUGGAAGUUGAAAUCACAUCAGAAACAGCAGAUGUAACAUGGCACAAAGAUGGUGAACAACUGACAGACACAAGUGAUAAAUUUGUAUUUGAGAAGCAAGGAACAGUACGCAAGUUACUGAUUCGAGGUGUGUCUGUCCACGAUGAAGGCGAGUACACAUGUGCCCUUGGAGAACAAGAGUGUACUGCAGAAGUCUCUGUUGUUGAACUUCCACCAGAGAUAACCACUAAGAUGCAGGAUGUGACUGUUGCGAAGGGUGAGAAAGCAACAUUUGAAAUAGAGCUAACAAAGGGAGAUGCCCUUGUCCGAUGGUUUAAAGAUGGCAAGGAGCUGCAAUUUUCUGAACAUGUGCAACUGUCCAUUGAUGGGAAGAGGCAGCGCCUGAAAGUGUACAAUUCCGAACUUAAGGAUGCAGGUGUUUACUCUUGCGAAGUUGGUGAACAGACAUCUUCAGCACGACUAACUGUUGAAGAGCCAGCUGUGCAGUUCCUUAAGAAAUUGCCAGAUGUGACAUUAAUUCCUCUAAACUUGGAUGCUACAUUCACUGUAGAACUGUCACGAUCUGAUGUUAAUGUGAAAUGGUUGAUGAAAGGCAAAGAAAUAAAAUCAUCUGAGCGGUACCAAAUAACCUCAGAGGGAUCUGUGAAGAAAUUAGUUGUAAAGAAUGUUACCAUUGAGGAUCAAGCAGACUAUAGCUGUGUUGCUUUGAAUGUAAAAUCAACAUCAAAACUUAAAGUUGAAAUAAUUGAAACAGCACCAAGGAUUAACAUCGAAUCUCUUACAAAAGAAUAUCGAGUUAAAAAAGGAGAUGAUGUAACUAUUGAGGUGAAAUUCACUGCAGCUCCUCCACCACAGGAUGAAUGGUUCAUCAAUGGCAAACUUGUCAAGAAAUCGCCAAGGAUUAUACAAACACUGACUGAGAAUUCUGCAACUCUGACCAUUAAGAAAGCUGAAGAAACAGAUGCUGCAAGCUAUACUGUUAAAUUAUCCAACAGGCAAGGGGAAGCCUCAGCAGAGAUGACCCUCAUUCUAAUGGAGCCACCAUCAGAGCCAGGCAUCCCAGAAGUUGUUGAAGUCACUGACCAGACCAUUACACUUCACUGGAAGCCUCCAGAAUUUGAUGGACAUUCUCCUAUUACAAACUAUGUUCUGGAAUACCAUGACAAGACUGAUUUCACAUGGAUUCAAGUAAAGGAAAUGGUUAGAGAGACAACUCACAAAGUGACACAACUUCAGACAAAUGGGGAAUACAUGUUCCGUGUGUCAGCCGAGAAUGAUAUUGGCCGUGGUGCUCCAUCACACAACACCCGUUACAUACGAGUUACUAAACCAUUAUCUGCUGAACCACCAGCAAUCCAGCAGCCACUGGAAGGGGUAGUGUGUGGCUUAAAACAAUCGAUAACUCUUUCUUGUGUUAUUGGAGGAAUACCUGAGCCAACAGUAAAGUGGAUGAAAGAUGGGAAGGCGUUCAAAAGCGAAAAUUUGACAUAUGAGAACAGGAUUGCCAAAUGCAUCAUAAGUGAGACUACAGAGACAUCAUCUGGCAUUUACACAUGUCAGGCAACAAAUACAGCUGGCUUUGCAGAAACAUCAUGUGAACUUAAAAUUCAAGAACCUCCUAAACUUGAAUUUGAUGAGAGUUUGGUAACUCAGAAAUUAAGGAUAACUAAUCAGUGGAAGAUAGAAGUUAAGUAUUCAGGCUUCCCUAAACCAGAAGUGGUAUGGACAAAGAACGGAAAAAGCCUGGCUUCUACUAAGCACUGUUCCAUCUACCAUGAUGAAAAUUCAUCAACAAUUGCGAUAUAUUCCUUAGCAAAAGUGGACACUGGAACCUACACAUUUACAGCUCGCAGUGAUGCAGGUUCGGCGAGCGUGGAUUUCAGUCUAAAAGUCAUUGACAAGCCAAGCAAACCAGAAGGGCCAAUUAUUGUAAAAGAUAUCCGAAAGGAUUCUGUGGUUCUCGAAUGGAAACCCCCUGCAGAUGAUGGUGGCCUUGAGCUUUCUAAAUACUCUGUUGAAAAAUGUGAUGUUGAAAAGAUGGUGUGGAUGAAGGUUGCUGACGUAGAGAAAGAUGUCUCGUCAUAUUGUGUACAACGUUUGAGAGAGGAUUCAGAGUACAUGUUCAGAAUUAUUGCUGAGAAUCCAGUAGGAACAUCAGAGCCACUUGAGAGUGACCCAGUCACCAUUAGAAGCAAAUUUGAUAAACCGUCUGCCCCAAGAGGACCACUACAUGUCUCAGGUAUGACUGAGACAUCUUUCACUGUCGCUUGGCAAUCACCAGAAUCAGAUGGAGGUGCUCCAGUGCUGGAAUAUGUUGUAGAACGCAGAGAAGUGGGGAAGAAGGCCUGGCAGAAGGUUGGAAGCACAACAAAAGAUGUGACUCACAUUGAAGUUUCUGGACUUAAAACGAAUUCAUCGCAUAAUAUCAGGAUAACAGCUAGAAAUGAAGUUGGUCUCAGUGUACCAUUUGCUCCCGAAGAUGCAAUUACUGUUGGAAUGAGAAUAAGAAAAAUUCCACCCAAGUAUGCAACAAACGCUUUGUUGGUAAUGUUAGGUGCUUUUCGAGCAAGAGGUGUGGCUGGCUAUUGUGCCCCAUCUGCACCAGUUGAUCUACAUAUUACUGAUUUCACAAGCAAGAGUGUCACUCUGCAGUGGGGGCCCCCUGCCAGUACAGGUGGAACUGAACUAACAGGAUACAUAAUUGAAAAGAGACUACUGUCAUCAAAGAAGUGGAGCAAAGUUGUUACACUUGAACCAUCAGUACUACAAUACUGUAUAGAAAACCUUAAAGAUAAGGCUGAGUACUUCUUCCGUGUGUAUGCAGAAAAUGCCAUAGGACUUAGCCCACCAGCUGGCACAGAGCUGGUCUCCCUUAAAAAGCAUGCAACUGUUCCAUCACCACCUACAGCUCCACUUGAGGUACGACCCAUAGGCCCAAAUGCUGUUGUGAUUGCAUGGGGAAUCCCUGAAACUGAUGGUGGUGCACCUCUUCAGGGUUAUACUAUCGCCAUACGUGAUGUGCGAAAGACUAUGUGGAUGGAAGUUGGUCGUGUCAAAGCUGAUGUACAUAAACUCACAAUCAAAGACCUACAGGAAAACCAUGAAUACCUCAUUCGAAUUUUUGCAAAGAAUGAAGUUGGUCCUAGUGAGCCUUUGGAAUCAGAGGAGCCAUUUAAAAUGCUGAGGCCAACAGAAAUUGACCAGCAAGAACUCGAUAAGCUGGAAACGACAGCACCGACACUUAGUUUCAGUACUGAAACCACCACAUCCUGGAUGAAAGAAGCAGGCAUGGAUGCUGACAUCCGAUCAUACGCAAGAGGUUCAUUAUUAAGAAGGGAUGAAUAUUUCUUCCGUAUUUGGUACUAUGCCCGACAGUUGUUUAAGUGAUGUGGUGUAAGGAAUCAAUUGUGAAGACAAAGACAAAUAGUGUGUAAAGUGUAUACGAAGUCGUAAGUAGAGUUGUUGAGCGUAUCUAUGCUUAAGGCACUGAUAAAACAAUAGAACUAUUUAUUUUUUUACCUUUUGUAAAGCAAUUUUGUACUGAAUUUUAUAUGAAGGCUUGGAAGCAGCACUGUGGGCAAGCACUCUACUAUCUUGCUUCCUGAUUUCCAUCAAUGAAAUAAAAAAAAGUACCCUGUGCAAAGCAAAGCAGGGGGCACUGAUAGAGAGUAGAACUUGCACCUGUUGCUUCUGGCUGACUGAUUCAAGGACCAAGACUGUUGCUUUGUAUUUCUUGCAUAUUCAGUAAAUAUGUAAAUAAGGAGGCAGAGGAACUGUACAUUACUACAAAUGUUAAUAAUAAUAAUUUAUUGAAAUGAGGAUGUAAAUGUUUAUGGACAUAAAAUGUAAUUCUUAUAGGUUUUUCAUAUAUAUGUAAUUUUUAUGGACACUGUACUACACAACAAAACAAGUCAGAGAAGUGGGUCUGCUGAAGCAGGACAUUUCUGCUGUGACUUAAUAAGUGUGUAAGUAAUACAGUGUAUUAUGCUGUGAUAUACUCUUGUGUAUCAUUCAGUUUUGAAUUAUGUGAUUUCAAAUGUGUAAUUGUGUUCAAUUGGCUGCAAGUAUUUUUUACCUCUUUUAAUAUCACUGUCUGUUUCAACUGCAGUUGCAAUAACUGCUUACAAAGUAGUCUGUAAUCAUUUGGUUCAAGUAAGCGUCACUUCACCGGUAACUUAAAGGAGACAAAAUAUAGGUGCAACGACAUGAAUUUGUUACUGGUAAGAGUCGGCUUACAGAGCAAAUGAUACUUCAUGAAAGAAUCAUAUUAAAAUAUAUAUAUUUUUAAAGUUGGA